AUGCUGGAGGUGAAGGAGGACGUACGCUUAUUUUUUGUAUGCAUUAAAACUCGGUCAUUGGUUCGACGGCUUCUUAUAUUAGCCAGUUUUCAGGUCACUUUACCUCCAGUUAGCUUUGAUGCCCUACAUUUGGAGCAAGUAUAUAUGCUUGCAUAUAUAUUUGUUACCGAUUUUGCGAUAGGGUUGGAGAAGAGGCGAGGUCGACAGGAAAUUAUAUUCUUCCGUUCUCCUUACUAACGCGCGCACGGGACAUUCUUAUUGCACUUGACCAGAAAGCUGUGAUUUUGGAGUAAUCUAUUGUGCCGCUGUUUAAUUUUGCAAUGCUUUGCAAUAUCGAUAUAUUUGACUUCAAACACUUCGCACUCCGACACUACAGGUGAUUUAAAAUAUCGCUAUCUUGAACACCAAACCUCUUUCAGCCGUCGAUGGGGUUCGCCAGCCGGCGUCUGGUAGCCAUUUUAAAAAUUUGCUUUUGCAGCUUUUUGCGCAGCCUAGGUAUGUAAACUGCAUUCGGCGUUACUCAAGUAAGAUCCAGCAAACAAUAUUGCUUUAAAUGUGAUGACUCCAGUAGAUCUACUGGAGUCAUUCGAAUGACCCCUAGGGAAACGGUCGAUUGUCUGGCCGAACAUUUCUCUCCGUCAUUCUGCUUAAAUAAACCGAUGGAAUUAUCCCUUUUCCAUUUUGGAGAAUGCAUGCAUUUAGAAUUUUUUUCACACACUGCAAUAUGUGAAGUAAAUCCUUAAUGCAUCGUUAAUGUUACCACGUAACCUAACUCGACUUACCUCGUGUAUACACACUAGACCCAAGUUUCGACUACUUCCUUGCAUAAGCUCUUACAGUAUAGUGUUAGACAGGGCGUCGAUCCAAAAUACCGACACCAGAGCCUAUUUACUAGGUUAGCAAAGUGCAACUGAGAAGUACUUGCAAUCAGCCGUCUAAAAUUUUGUUUAAUGUCAAGGUGUGCUUCUUUAUCUAUCAUCUUUACUUAUUUCUUAUUCAGCAUAAUUUCAUUCGUUGCAGUCAUUGUAGCUUUCUUAAAGUCAGUCGCCUCUCACCAUCUAUCUGAUGUUGAAAUAAUCGAUGUCGUCUUUAUUGACCGUGAGAAGCAUAUGACAAAGUAAUUGAUAAGUUUCCCAUCGAAAACCUCAUCACCCAUUAUGUGACCUCUCACUUUAGACUGUGGAUCCAGCCUUUUCUAAGUAACCGUGGUUUUCAUUGGCUCGGUUACAUAGUCGUCUGGCUCUAGUGCUACUGUUUCACACUAUGCCCAUUUGCUCCGUAAAUAUGAAUAUUCAUACAUAUUGAAGUAUACAAAUGAAGCCGACUGCGGCUUCAAAAUAUGGUGUCAUCUAAAACGCAGUUCGUAUUGACACCUAGCAGGAAAACACCUGAUGACAUACAGAAUGCCAUUCAUUUUUCUCGGCCCUCCCUCCUCUCAUUCGGUUUCAUUCCGGGUGCUGCUGACAUCUGUGGUCUUUCCACCCAACCUAAAGUGUCUUUAAAAAGGUAAAAAAGAAGACUGUUCUGCUCAUAAGCUCGCUAAGCUUUCUACCUGCUUUAAUCACGCUCAACGGCCGAAUGUUUCCGUGUUCCGUCAUAGGAACCUUAUGGAUUAUCCGUGGGAUAGACAUUGUUAAUUAUUAUUUGUUUUUUCAUGUAAGGAAUGUCCCAGCUCUUUUCUGUCUUACCGCAGUUGAUGCGACUUACACAUUGUUGACUGAAAUUCGAAAGAAGAGUUUCAUAACGUAUCACUCAAAUAAGUUUGCAGUACAUAUCAGCAGGCAGUCCAGUCCGAUGGUAUUUAAUUCAGGCCAGGAUGCUGGUCUUUAAAUUCUCGCCUGCCUAGCCAGGUGUGAACAUCAGACUCACCAGACGUGUCUGCGUAGUCAGUAUGAUUUUUCGAAUUUGUUUCCAAUACCUUCAUUAAGCCAAAAAUAUGCUAUAGAAACCGUGUACAAGACAUUCAUUUUUGUGCUUCUAUCGUAGGGAAUUAUGUCUUCAGGCGACCUUCUGCCCUAGAAAAUCACUGAUGAUCAGUAGCAGAUUACCGCCAUUUUUUGUGCAAAUUAAUUUCCAAAAUUCCCUUGCCAUUUCUCCAUCCAAGGAUAGACUUCUAACCCCAUUACAGGCUUGCCUAUUUGCAUCAUAAGAAUGUAGACGUUGUGCAUAGUCGUUGGACUGUGGCAUCUCUGUUAAUGUCCCUAAGUUUACUCAAAUAUUUCUGUCAACCAGGCCACAGUCCGAUAUGGUCCCCGUGUUGGUCCAGCACAUCCACCAAGUGGCCUGUUCGGGUAGGCUGACUUAGUGGAUGCGCACAAUAUGAUCAACUGUAUUCAGAUGCAGCGUCCGUGAAUCUACGAGCCACGAUCUGCGCGCAGUUGUCAAUCCGGUUUUGUUUAGGGCACCUUUCAUAGUCCCCUCCUUUUGGCGGGGAAGAUGUGUUCUCCCUAAAUAGCACUGCUUUGCCACACCAGAGUGAUAUCGCUCUCCACUAUGAGUGACAGGAUUUAGUGAGGGCAGAACCAAUGGCCUAGGACGCCUACGUAAUUGCUGUCGCUCUGGCCGUAGGGCUUCCGAACGUGGGAAAGUCGUGAAGGGAGAAGCGGUAUGACCUUUUGUUGGGAUGCACGCACAGAUAUUCUUACCUUAUUUAGAUCGCCGAUCGAGGCGGUCACCGUGCUUUGGUCGCUAGACAGAGCUUCUGGGAGCCACAUGUGAGAGUCAGGUGUCAGUUAAUUGACGCUAGGCGUAGCCAAUACCUGUAAGCAAGUGAGUGAAUUACUACGAUUGUCACGUAGACCCACAGCUGGAAACCCCCAUCCCGAUAACAUACACACACGCCUUAAAACACCCACAUGCUGAUUUCAUGGAUGCCUACAUUAUUACCAAUUUCAGUCUGAUGCGGGGAUAGGUCUUCAUGGUGUGUGAGUCGUCUAUGAAUGGCGAUGUCAACCUAGAAUAGUAAUUUCGUCAGAAUGUUGUCGGCUAUCUUCAACAUGUGGUCGCUCUAACGCAGUUGUUCCUGUUUAGCAUAGCGUUGAUACUGGUAAUUGCGGUUAUUUCUGGGAUUGUGGCGCAGUGGCUGACAGCCAACUAACUCGUUUACUAGUGUGUGGGAUAUCACACAGAUAAUAGCAAUAGUCAUUACAGUGUGCCCCGCCGUCCUAAGAAGGACGGCUUCGACGAGUAAAUUGGCAAUCUUCACAGCACGUCAGAUUGGUUAUAGAGAGAAAUGUGAUGAAUUGCCUCAGAGGUUGAUUCCCCAAUAUCGGCCUUACUUUCACGCCUUUCCGAGUCAAGCCACUGGGAACUGAAACUAGGUAAAAUGGCUGACGAAGUUGAACAGCUCUGUUACGCAUGCUAUACGCGACCCGCUCCUUGGCUCCGCAGGUUACGCCGACUUCCACGCCUUCCACGUGACUAAGAUGUGCAAAUUUUCACAUGCAACGCUCUGCCCGUUGCACUGACGCCGACAUCUAUGCUGUGGACUUGAUAUCUUGCUGACAGACAUCGCAUAUGCGCGUGUUGUGGAGUAGUUUCGUAUGUGGUUAGGAAUGUUUGUGUGUGUAUUUUGGACGAGUUACUGUGAUGAAUUCUGGACCAUGUUGUUCGAAUAAAGGUUUUCCUGAAUGCGCAUGCAGCGAAGUAGGCCCAUGCAAUGGCUGGUUUGCCAGGGGCAGUGUUGGCAGCUGAGAUCUGAGUGACGGGUCUCUGUUGGGGCCUCGGGCUCUGGUUCGUUGGUGCGAUAGACUUGCAGCUGACCGCCAGACAGAUUAAUGAUUCGGAAGUGUCGUCGCAGUUGUGAGAUUUUGGAAUAGAGUGCACAUAUCUGGUGGAAGGGGCGUUGAUGGUGAUUGCAGGUUUAAUUGGCUGUGUCCCUGUCGGUGCUUGUGGCAGUAGUGGUGGAGAGGGAGGCUGGUUUUUCACUUUGGCAUUGCACCGGAUCCGUAGAUGUCUAGCGAAGGCAUUUAAUUCUGUGGAUGUCCGUUGAUAAGGGUUUUGGGUACCUGCGUCCCCAUUCCGCGACACCUGAGUCUUGCAAGCUACCAUUUCUGCCUUGGUCGUUACCAUUCUUUGUGUUAGAAGACGGCUUAUCUAGUCUUUAAGACCUAGCCUACAGUUGCCUGUGAGUGUUCUUCAGGAUGUCUCUAAGUCUUCGUCGUGGUCUGUCUUGUUUGUGAUUAAAAACUUAACCAGCCAUUUAUCAGCCACCCUUACCGCGUGGGCGUCCUAAUCCAGCGUGAUACAGACGCUGAGAACUGUGCAGUCUAGGUCCUGGCCAUGGGAUCACUCUAACGCGGUGUAAAUACGGAGGACGCCGGUCCAUUCCGGUAGUUCUGCCACCUGACCUUGGGGGGCAACCAAGUUGAUAGUAAUUUGACCUCGGUGCUUAGAUCUCCUAGACUGUCCUUGUUCUUGCUCUGUGCUGGCGAGUUGUCAAACCAACUGCCUUAUGUGUGCUCAGUCUCCUAAUGAGAAGAAUGCAAAUGCAAUUUCGGUCGAAGCGUUUUCGGCGGCCGACCUGCUUUUUGAGAUAGACCUUGCAAUUUCGUCAUCAAUAUUAGGAUUUCUGAAGGUGGUACCUUCAAUACAUGCCAACUGGUGGACGUGUGUGAGGCGAGUUCCAUUGACGUCAGUCCUUGGCUCGUUGUAGUUAUUGUUUGGCUCUGGUUGACGCAUGGUCAUUGCGAUGUACGUGCUCAUUGUCAGUGCAAAGUUUGUGCAGCCUGAUGCGAAUAGGUUGACGUUGCCUUCAAUGUCCGCUUAUGCUGUGGUAUUUACUGGACUGUCAUCCGCAAACAACAGGUCGCGGAAAUUGUCCUUGAUGACUCUUGUAUACGACAUCACACGUCGGUUCGGUAGGGGAUUUUGACUCCCAGUCUAUCCUUACGGGAAGGGCCAUGAGCUUGACGGUGAUUGAAGAUGCCUCAUGUCAUAUGUUACCUCGAAUUCCCGACCGACCUGUUGUAUGUGACUCGAGUUGUCAUCCCGUCGUGUAUCACUUCGAACAGAAGACAGAAUUUUCCUGAGUACAUCAGUGUUCACGGUGUCGAAGGUGUUCGUUAGAUCCAUGGAAGUUGUGUAAAGCUCGAUCCGAAUUCCCUGGACUUUAUCCUGCAGUAGGUGGACCGUGUAAAUCGUGCCCUUACUUCCACAGUAUUCUCGGUGUCGACUUUGUGUUCAGGUCAUUCUGUAGAACUCUGGCGGAGAUUUUGCCUGCGGUGCUAGGGAAGAAAAUGCCUCGGCGAUUGUGCCAGUUACGGUGGUCCGUCCAACACUGCACCGCACGUCGACCUGGUCACCAGCACAUCACGCUGGUUAGGCCUCCAGACGAACGCGAAAUCCAGAAACCGCCAGUGACGCAAGCAUCCACUUUGUCUUCCCUCAGAUCGUAAGGCGGAGACAGGUGUCAGCGAAGAGGAGAUUGUGUCCUAUUCAAACUUACCGGAGAAAGAUGCCAUUGCCGUUGUAGCUGCCAAUGCAGGUAUCGGGGUCUCUGCCUGCGCGGUCAGUGAAGUCACCAAGGACGACCAGUUUGUCGUUGAGAUGUGGGAGUUAAUUCCUUAUGGAAUUUGUCGUUCGUGUCGUCGGGGCUGGUAACUGAAGAAGCUUAGACGAUGAAGGGAGUGCCCGAUUUGUUCGCGCUGACCGACUUUUUAAUGGCCAGUAGGCAAUUGCAAAUUCCGUGAAACAGGCUGGACGACCGUCUCCGGACGUCGUUUUUGAUAACAAAGGCGACUUCGCCUCCUCGUCGCUCUGCCUUUGGACGUCCACCUUUGAAGGAGGUUUAGCCAGAAGCCACUUUGUCCAAUUGUCCUUGUUUGGUGAGGGUGGUUUCACUGAGAACUACGAUGUCUAGUUUGUAGCAGGCCAGUAGUACCCGGGCAACCACAGCUGUCCUCAUUUCCGGCCGAUUGCCCACUUCCUCGUCUCAAGGGAUAAAACAUUCCAGACUGCCAGGACGUACGUUUUCAGUCUAUCAGACUGCGGUGAGACGCAAUUAACGUUACGUUAGUAUUGUUCCGAGCACGAAAUUCACAACCCCAAUCCACGGUCAGCUCACCCAUGGCGUGUUUGCCGAGCGUCUUUCAGGUCACAUCGUCUGGUUGCCUUCGCCUCAGAGGGGAGAGGGGAGACGUUAGCAGUGCCGCCCGUAAAUGGGGCUGUUGAGUCAUCCCAGGCGGCUGCCGAACUCCGAUGUGAUGAGUCAGGACUCCGUUGCAGUGGGUAGGCAGCCCGAUUUAGUCGGGGCCGUCUGGGAGUUCGCUUAUCGCCUUUUGCUUAGGACUUUGCGGUCGUGGGUGGGCGCGUGCGGUUUGAGCGUUAGCCCAGACGCGUGAAAAAGUUGCUUGGUAGAAAUCGGAGAUUUUAUACGCAAUGUUGAGGAAGACGAUGCUGCGAUUGCGAAAGCAAUCCUAGGGAAGUGCCCAUGAACCCGAUGCCACAUUUCCGGAUUAACCUUGCACUACCAUUCGAAAACCUGGUUUGUGCACGCAGAUUAGCGAAAAAUGGAAGUCCUCGGUCACCAUUGCUUGAGAAUCAUCCUCAGAGUUAAGUAAAUCUACUUUUACUCGUAUUACCUGCGACAGCUUGUGUCUCAGGCGAUUAACGAAAGGCGACUGAGGUAGUUUGGACGCGUUCUUUUUCUUCUCCCCUUGAUCGGUCGCUGAUGCCAAAAUAGAGGUGUCAAGGAGGAGCUAUUCUCAAGAUCUGGCUCGACCCAAUUCGCAGAGGCAUAGAAGUGAUUUUCCCGUCAUUGGAGGAGAAAAUGGGACAAAAGCUCCAGCCCCGCUGCCGUAGAUCGUCAGCCGUUGUGAGAUAACAUUCUCGACAUAGUCGAUGCCGCCCUUAUCAGGCGUGAUGUGUGAAGAUGGCGCCCCUGAGGUCCAGAGGGAAUAUGUCCGUAUUUCCGCAUUUCCUAGAACGGUGAAGUAAGCUUGUUCACGAGUUGACAUUCGUUGCAUUUGUAAAGUCCAGUUGGAAGUGCAUCAGUGCUUGGUGUUCUUCUGUUGGGCAGCUGUUGCCUCUUGCACGAAGGGCUGAUGAUCUAGAUCGUCAUUGGUGUCCACGUGAGGGGGACGCAUCGUCCAUCUUUAAUUCCCACCUGUAUAUUUAGUCGGCGAAUACCACAGAAAAGUUGUCUAUUUUCACCAAUGAAAGGAGCCGACCGAGGUUAGGCGGUCAGCUUUCGUCAGACAACCAGGUGGAAGUAUCUCUAGAGGGUCGUUAUAGAGACAGGCUGUUUGUUAGUCCUUGUGAUGGUGGAUCAGGCAUUGGCAGAAGUUAUCGAACCCACGGCGUGUAGGGAGAUCGCAUUGUGUACGCAGCUGCCGAUCCUGUGGCGACACUGAUAUCUCUUUAUUCUGAAUUUUAGUGUCCGAUUCUGAAAGAGACUUAGCCAGCACCCCCUUCAUUCAGUUGUGCUUGUUCGGGGAUACUAUUCAGCCGUUCAACUCUGUAGAAUUUCUUUUUUCUCCAUUGUAGGGACACGUACUUGAAGGGGGUUUAAGCGGUGAUAAGUGUGGCGAAUUUGCUUGUGCGAAAGGGCAUUAAACAAUCGUCAGUUCCUGCGGCGGGCAGAAGGGCCGUCUCACGAUGUCAUUCAAGACAACAAAGGCGACUCCGACAUCUCGUUGUUCUGCAUCUGGACAUCCGAUUUUGAAAGAGCUUUAGCCAGCCCCACCUCAUUCAGUUGUCCUUGUUCGGGGAUAUUGGGUCUCACCGAGAACGGUCAUGUCCACUUUAUAAGAUGCCUGUGCGUGGGCGACCAGAGUUGUUCUCCAUUCAGACCGGGUUGCGAUUGGAGUGUCUAAAAGGGAAUGAGCAUUGUCAUUCAGACGGACUGUAGGAAGGCUCAAUGGAACGGGACGGGGAUGUUGUUUUAGCCACUUCUUGCACGUCCAAAUGCAGUUUUCAGCUUGCCGACGGCGUGUUUAUUAAAACGACUUUUCUAUUUACCUCUCUUACUCAAAAGGGUAGGCAGUGCUGUCCCUAACUGGGGCCGCUGAGCCAUCCCAGGCGGCAGGCGAGGUCUGACCUAAGUCAUUACUUUGCCAAAGGGAUCGCAUGUCACCCCCAUUGUAGGACAUUUUCGUGGGGGGGUGGGGGUGGAGAAGAGGUAUGGGGAUUACUGGGUGUGAAGACACACACGCCAGACACCCCCUUGUGGCGAAGGGGAGUUAAUGGAGCGUGUCCACCGUGCUGGGCACGACUUUAUGGAGCCACAGAUAAAAGCUCGGUCCCAGGACGAUUUGAAGUAGAAGUAUUCACCAUGCUCAUCGGCGGUUUUGGUGGAGGGGGGGGGCGUCAGUGUGCUAUUCACACGUAUUUGUCAUGACCUUGGUGGUUCCUGAUCUCACUGACCCGGAUGACGUCGCAUAAGUUACGUCUACAUGCAUGGCAGUCUGUGGCAGUGUACAUAUAUCAUGGAUCUUGAACCGUAUCCACAAACCAGGAAUGACCUGCAUUUAAAACGUCGGUUUUCACCCAGGGCAUCCGUAGACCUUCGGGCUUCGUCCAAGAAGUUGCUCAUUAGUUAGGCUUCCAUUUGCUAGGAGGGCAUACGAAAAUAAUUGACAGUGCGAAUUAUAGCCCGGUGCGCCAAAUAAAUUGUCAACAUUUCAAGUCUUUUCAGUGUUGCCAAAUGAGAAAAUUCAGAUUAAAUUGAUCAUUUAUCACUUAGUUGGGCUAAUCAAAGCCGACUCAGACUACAAAGAGUUGUUAUGGAACUUACCGCUCUGCUGCUUUACUCAGGGGUCUGCAGUUUGUUGUUGCAAUCAACUCUCUAUGGUCGCCAGGGAGUGGAGUUUGCCAACGUGACAGAGACAGGAUGCAACGUUUUGUUUUGCCUUGAAGCUGCCGCCUAAGGUGUUUUUAGUGAAGUCACACCACCCAAACCUCAAGUCGGUGCAGUUUCGAAUGCUUGACUUUCCCACUUCAGGAUUCAUAGACACCACUCGUAAUUACAGUAGAUGGGCUAACUCGUGAAAUGUCAACCGAAAUUCCGGAAUGCGUUUUCGUUUCGAAAAGAUUAUUUUAGUGGGGUUGUAAAAUUAAUCGCCUUGCAGCAUAAUUAUAUGAUAAACCAAUUACCUCAGGAUGCCUGCUUUCGAACGAACAUCUAUUCGGCUGCACACAAAAAACUAUACUUUGUAAAAAAUGACUACUUAAAUAGCACGCAUUUUUUCAUUGAUUUUCGAUGCUCCUAAAACUCCAGUUAUAUUUCAUGGAAAACACCGAUUAAAAUAUUCAUUCGCUAGAAAAUUACGUCUUCCUCCAAUUUUAUAUUCGAGGGUAGGGUAAAAUUUGGUUUUAAAAAAGUUUCUAAUUGUGAAAUUCUUUAAUACCGUGAAAUGGCCGUUCAUAAAACGUCCUGUCUCAGCAUUCGCCAAUGUGGCUCGUAAAGUCAGCAAUAUGGCUCAAAUCCACUAAUCUUUUCGAGACGAAACCGCAUUUCGGAAUUUCGGCUGACAUUUCAUGAUUUAGCCCACCUACUGUGCAUUUCACUACCGUUUUCAACUUCAUAUCUUUUUUCCAACGAAGGGUAAAAUUUCGUCAUGUUAAAAUGCAAAUUUCCAAAUUGUAAAGCCAAUAUACUAAAGAGUCCAAGUCAUCUUAAGUUUAUUCUCUUUGCUGUCCCUGUGUCCCUCCACGUCUGAAUUUUCGACAGCGGCCGUCGCAUCCACAUUGGCUGGCAGGGAGCGAAGAACUGUCAGAGCCUCAAGCCGGACGUUGACUUGUGCCUAGCGACUGCCUUGUCUAGGGGAGAGAGUUAAGUGACUUGUCUGCAAAUGAAGCGAAACCUUUGGUGCGAUAAUGAGACAGGCUUCAGACACCAGGAACUACCUUUAGAGGCGGUGGGUAAAGUGCCUGGGAGAGUAUGGUCGACUCUGGAGGGCUGCGUUCUCAUGGCAUCCAGUGCAUAUUCCUCACUAUGAACAAUCUAAUGCGCUUUAAAACUGUCACGGUGCGCCAAAUGCUAUAGUUUGAAAGGCUGACAACUUAUCGGAAUACUCCGAGCUCCUCUCAGUACGGAAUGUCAGGCUGCAGUGGCUCCGUCUUAAUGUGGCCGUUAUGACACUCCCUCUCAGUUGAGAUCCGAGCCGCCUUCUUGUUUCUGUGAAACCGCAGUCCCUUGUGUGGAGAUCAGGCGUGUGCGUCACACGCGGACAGGCGGUUUAACCUUUUAAGUCGCAGCGUCCGAUCCGCCUCCGGUCUUCUUGACUCUGCUUUGACGCCGGCCUGGCUAGGGAGGAGAGAGUGCCACCGACGCGGUGCAGGCCCAGUACUAUUAUUAUUAUUAUUAUUACUACUACUACUACUAAUACUACUACUACUACUACUACUCCUCAUCCUCCUCCAAAACCUUCGCCCGAUGUCAAGAUGGAGUCAAGAAGACCGGAGGCGGGAGAGGGCGCAAGUAGCUGGCACGUCCGGACACGAACCUAAUCGUACCAUCGCACCCCUGGUCCACAGCAAUUGACCAGGACUACUACUACUAGUACUUUUACUGGCAGUUCGACUGUCGUUGCGGACGAUGUCCACCGUGUACUAAGCAGCACGGUGAUUUAUGGGGGAGUUCUUCGAUAGUGAUAGUGGACUUACGUUGUAUCUACCCCUCUCUCCUCCUCCUCUUCCUCCUCCUCCUCCUCCUCCUCCUCCUCCUCCUCCUCCCCAACCUUCGCCCGAUGUCAGGACGGAGUCAAGAAGAGCGGAGGCGGGAGAGGGUGCAGGUGGCUGGCACGGCCGGACCCGAACAUAAGCGUACCAUCGCACCCCUGGUCCACAACAAUGGACCAGGACUACUACUACUACUAAUGCUACAAAAACAACAACUACUACCUCUAUUUGCACUCCUGCUACUGCUACCACCGCUACUGCUGCUACUACUGCUGCUACUUGGCUCCUCUUUGACACCGGCUUCAGGUGGGCUAGGGAAAGGAGAUUGCGAUCGACGCGGAGCGAGCCUACUACUACUAUUAGUACUACUACUACGACUGUUACUACCACUACUACUGCUACUACCACCAUAAAUUAACUUAAUCACCGGAGACUCUGAUAUGUAGGCGGGGUUUCGAUGGGGGUGGUAAUUCUUUUCUUUCAUGCGUCGUGUGAAGUGGGCACUGGAAUGUUUUGCCCACUACUGAGCACCAUAGAGGCAUCGUCAGUAGCCAGGAAGUUAAUGCCGUUGAUCUGUCGUUGUUGUGACCACUUUGGAUAUUAAAUCGUUCCAGGGUCUGAUGUUCCGCUGCUUGGAGGGCAUUUCUCAUUAGUUACUUUACUGUGACUUACUGCCGCCGGCACAUAAAAUAUCUCCACCUGAAAUAGUAUACUGUCGCUGCGGUCAUAUAUGAGAGUUCACAAAGCGAACAUCCGCCUGGAAGGUCUGUCCAGCUUGGCUAAGAUGGACAAUAUACAGUGCGUGACCUAUCUCAUGAAAUGUUGGCUGAAAUUCUGAAAUGCGUUUAUGAUUAGGAAGGAUUACUUGGUCGCGGUUGUGAUACUGAUUAUCUUAAGGCAUACUGUUAUAUCAUUUUGGACUCGGCAGAAUGUCGGCUUUUAAAUGAACUUCUUUUCAAUCUCCUGUAGGAAGCGUGCUCGGUAAAAAAAAUGACUACUUAAGUAGCAUGCAUUUUUCCCAUUGAUUUUCGAUGGUCUUGGGAAUUCAAAUAUAUUUUAUAGAAACCACAACCAAAAUAUGCUUUCUUUUAGUCAAUCAAUAGAGAAUGACAUCUUUAUAUUUUGUACUUCAGGAAGGAGUAUAAUUAGGUUUUUAAAAAGUUUCCAAUUAUGAGACUUUUUAAGACCUCGAUAUGUCCAUUCACAUAGCAUCGUACCUGGCCGUUUACCACUGCUCCUCAUGAAAGGUACAACAUGGUCCGCAUCCAUUGCAAAAUUUUAUGGACCCUGUAUGAUAUCUAUUUAAUGACACAGAAAAAUAUGUGAUUUUCUUUACGCGGAACGCAUGCACCUUGUAGAGUGUAAUUACUAAGCGCUAAUGCAACAAAUGAUCAGGCUCCAAAUUUUUCGGCAAUUAGAAAACUUUUUAAAAACCUAAUUAUACUCCUUCCUGAAGUACAAAAUAUAAAGAUGUCAUUCUCUAUUGAUUGACUAAAAGAAAGCAUAUUUUGUUUGUGGUUUCUAUAAAAUAUAUUUAAAUUUUCAAGACCAUCUAAAAUCAAUUGGAAAAAUACAUGCUACUUAAGUAGUCAUUUUUUACCGAGCACGCUUCCUACAGGAGAUUGAAAAGAAGUUCAUUUAAAAGCAGACAUUCUGCCGAGUCCAAAAUGUUAUAACAGUAUGCCUUAAGAUAAUCAGUAUCACAACCGCGACCAAGUAAUCCUUCCUAAUCAUAAACGCAUUUCAGAAUUUCAGCCAACAUUUCAUGAGAUAGGUCACGCACUGUACACAUCCAACCAGAGUGCCGCUCCAGCUAGGGGGUGCCAUCACUCCACCCUCAUUGUUUCUAGCAGAUGAGCCAAACUUACUCGAGAAUUAACGUGCCUCCAAAAUCUUGCCCUAAAUAUUAGCUGAGACCCGCUUCAGAUUUCAAACACUUUGACCGCGCAGUCCGUUGCGGAUACAUCUGCCGGGCAUUAGUUCCCACCUCAUAGGCUUCGGCAACGUGGAUAGAUUGCAGAUGCGCGCGCAACGAGUCGAAUCCUUUCGUCAGAACUCCAAUUCUGGCGCUGACACCUGCUAUGCACUAACCCCCCCCCGUCGAGAGUCAAAUUUAGUUGGUUUUGACUGAAGACGCCAUGGCGCCAGUCACUGCCUGCCACAGCUUGUCAACGCGGCUGGAUACAGUCAGACAAAAAGCCAUUACUGUAGCAGGUGUCCUGAGACGGUCUUCGCCCUGUCCCUCAGUAGGUACUUGUACUUGAUACGGCUGCGAUCAUGCCUAAUCUAGCCGGCCUCGAUGAUGUCACGAACUGUACCUCUCCACGCGUGACGAUCCGCGACAGCAGAUCUGGACAGCUCAACCCAUUCCCUUCGCCAACGACGUAGAUCGAAUACCGAAGGUCCAAGAACCACCUCCAUGUCUUGACGAACUGUGUCGAGCCAGGUAUUGAACUGACCUCCCUCUUCGACGCCUCCAAUGGGUAGCGGUGCCGGAUCGAUGGAAGUAACACUGAGCUUCUGAGGUGGACGAUGAAGAACAUGCCCGAACCACCUUAGUCGUCUUUCUUGAGUGGUCUGAGUUAUCCUUGCGAUGUUGUCGUAGCGAGCGCGGACUGUCUCAUUUGAGACAAAGUCGGUGCACUUCACUCGAAGGAUGGUCCUCAGGCAGUGGUGCUCAAAUACCUCCAGUUUUCGCUCGUCCUCCACGCGCACAGCCCAGCAUUCACAACCGUAGAGAAGGACAGACCGGACAGAUGCACGGUACACGCGAAUCUUAGUGGCGAUGCAAAGGUCACGUCGGAUCCAUAGGCAUUUCCGAAGGCUUGAGAAAACCCGGCGAGCAGCAUCGAUUCGGGAGACAAUGUCGUCCUCACUCUGUCCAUUAGGCAGCAGCCUCGUCCCAAGGUAUUUAAAACUGUCUACUUCUUCAAGUUGACAGCCAUCAAUCCCGAAGGGUGCUUUUUUCUGGUCAGGGAUGCAGCUUGAAAACACUUUGGUCUUCCCAGCGUUAAUGGAUAAACCAACCAAUUUAGCGACCUUGUUCACUCGUGACACCAUAGACUGCAGAUCACCAAAACUUGAGGCAAGUAAGGCAAUAUCAUCGGCAUAGUCGAGAUCAGUCAGUCGGUGUCCAGGUGCAAACUCAACACCGUUACCUUCGUGUACGGCCCUCCCGAGGAUCCAUUCAAUAGCGCAGCUGAACAGUAUGGGUGACAGGAUACAUCCCUGUCGAACGCCAGACCGUAUACCGAACGGUUGGGUAAGAUUGUUGUGAACCAGGACUCUCGAAGUAGUGUGGCGAUAAUAGGUCUUGAUCAUGGCAAUGAUUUUUGGCGGGACACCAUCUAGCCCCAUUAUCCGCCACAGGGACUCACGAUGAACGGAAUCGAACGCGAUGGCAAAGUCGAUGAAGCAGACGGCCGUCGGUUGUUGGUAGCUAUGGCGAAAUUCGAGAAUGCGCCUCAGUGUAAAUAUGUGGUCUGCGAAUCCAUGUCCAGCACGAAAUUCGGCUUGGUUGGGUCUCGUCCUUCAGUCACGCACAGCCUGGAAUCGCCUACGUAGCACAAUAGCGAAGAUCUUCACAGCAACGCCGAUGAGACUUAUGCCGCGGUAGUUCUCGCAUCUAGUCUUAUCUCCCUUCUUGAGGGUAGGCACAAGGAUGCCUAAGCCCCACUCAUCAGGAACAACCUCGUCUCUCCACGCUCGUUCGAUCACCUCAUGGAGCCAGGGCGCCAGUGUCGACACAAGACUUGAAGACCUCAGCGUGUAUACCGUCCUCUCAGGGUGCCUUAUUGUUGCGUAGCUUUCGUAUGGCAUUGAAGAAUUCUCCUUCAGAGGGGGGGAGCGAGGGUCGCGUGGCACUGCAUAGGUAGGAGAGGGAAGACACUCCGCUAGAGAGGAGAGCAAGGUCGAGGUAGGUUAGGUAGCGAAGUUCCUCAGUAGGUCGGGUUUUUUUACUUAGAGAGUCGGGUUUUUACUUAGAGAUGCAGCCAGACCCUUUCUAAAACCGAGCUAAGGAUGUCUUCAAUUUGACUUCGAGUGUGGGCAUCAUUUACAUACGGGUAACUAGAUGCCUCCAGCGUGGGGGAGGGCGGGGAUUGGAGGUAGGUGUUUGCAACGACCAACUGGAAAGACCUCACGUUGUGUGUGCAAGGAGAGAUCUAAUAAUGCGUUGUAUGGUGUGAGGUUCAAUUCUUUCUUUGAAGAGGGCCGGCUUGCAUAUUUCGCAUUCGGCUACAGAUAAAAAUUUGAAGACGUCGGCUCCCGCGCACGUUUUGCACGAGUCGAGAGUAGCACUAGAAAAAAACUAUUUGUUAUGGACAUUCGAAGGUCUGUUCAGAGUUCGAUGUACCGCCAGGUGACUUUCGUCUGUUUAAAUUGGGAGCUCAUCUGAGAGCAUUACAAUUUGGGGUACCGAUAGACACAAUAAUGCCGGACACAAACAUCCAGACUAAUAUACUUCUAAUGAUUGUGACCUGAAGAGUCUUAUGAGUUCAGUACGCAGCGGCUCCUUAUGGACGAUGGAAGGGCUGAAAUUGUGCUGGCGUUUUCGCUCAAAAGACUGCAAAAAGAUAGCCGCCUGGCAGUGGAUACUUUUUCACGACUUCAGAAUCACGAAUGGUUCGUACGACCUUGGAGGCUGAUCUUAGCACGGAAACGUCCCAUUCCUGUCUUGAAAUUACUGUCUAGACCUUUUUUUGUGAUUCGUUCUACUGUCAGCACAAGUACUAGAUAAAUGCCAAGGCACGUAUCUCGCCGACUUUCUGAUGCUGCAUGACACGAAUUAUGUUUCAAAACUACAGAAAUCAAAUGGGGGGACGCUAGGCGACCCACUGAUGAGCCGAACCCCUCGCGGCUGUCAAACAGCGUCAGCAAAUUGGCUAAACACGUGUCUGGGCUUCUUGCGAGUACCUAUGCCGUCAGUGGGGCGAAUCAUACAACACGUGUAUACUACUGAGUGUCUGUUGGUAACUUGUGAAUAUUGCAUGAUUAUCCCGUCGAAACUUGUGCAUUCCGGCCCCAACAUUAAUACCAAUUUUCAGACUAAGCUUGAGAGGCUUUAUUCCGAGUAAUUUACCACAAUUUAAAGCAUUACUUUAUAAGGAGUUUAUAGGGCUGAAAUGUCUAAACAUUCUUCCAACGACGAAGCCAUUAGUUCUUUUUGACCAAACUGUGAAAAACUCGGUGGAAUUCGCACCCAGGACAGCGAGGGGGAGGGCUUGAGUACAGCCAACGCUCUAACCACCUGAGCUAUGAAGCACCAUUCAGAGCUGCGCGUUCGAAUUUUGCAGUCAAGUAGACAUACUCAAGCGUCCUACCUUGUAUUCAUCCCUCCGUAUGCAUGAUGCUUUGUCCGCACAUGUCACUAAUAUUCUCUGCACACAUUGUGUUUAAUGGGAGGGACUAACUGCCACCGUACGGCGCGCGCGCAAUCGAUGCUUAAAGGCACAAAACGCAAUCCUAACAGUCUGUAUUGCCUGUUUUAGGUUACCGAGUCAGUCCAGCCGACUCUACCUGUAAGAUUUAAUUGGUUCUACCUAAGUCUGGUUUAAUCGUUAGCGUCAGUGCCGGCAAAUGUCUGUCCAACAGGAGUCUGGAUCAGGCGAAGACGACUGGACAGACAGCGGUGAGGAUUGGCGACCACCAUCGUUAUUUUUGUCAGUGAAAGCACGUGCAAACCCGAAAAGCGAACUCACAGGAGACUUAAAUGUAUCAAAGCGUCUGUCUCUUGUUGCCGAAGAAGUCAUGCAGUCGAACGUCUUAGGUUUGUCAUUUUGUUGUUUCAAGUUGUGUUUUUUGGCAGAGGGACAAUAUUUCAAACCUGAGAUGGAAGAAUCAACCGCCAAGGAGGCCGUGGACAUUCCUGGAAGUGCAGGUUGUUUGCAUAUGUAGUGCUUGAAUUCAUUACUGCCUUUGAACGCAGUUCUACUCUGUUUUUUUCACUGUGAUGUUUAGUCGAAUUGGUGGGGUCCUAAGGGUGGUCUUUCGUUAUAUAAAUCUCUGAGUUAGCGAUAUUUAGUUUAUUGAAUACUCUCUGGUAGAGGCUUGAUUUCUGUAUUGGUGCCGAACGCCACUCGCUUUACCUCCAGAUUACAUCGUUAUCUUGUCAACCUCAUGUUUAAAGCGAUUCCUUUUCUAUUUCCCGCUCUCACACAAGUACGUAAGCACUGUUCUCCCCAACUCGGAGAACGAAAAUCAAUGGGAAAAACUUCACAUUUCUUAAGUAGUUAUUUUUUACCGAGCGUAAUUUUUGCAGGCGACCGAAAAGAAGUUCGUUCAAAAGCCGGCAUCCCGAACUAACUGAAAUACCUUGUGAUUAUUCUGCAAGGAAAUUCAGAUUACUACCCUUCUUAAGUAAUCUUUUUGAGUCGAAAACACACGUGAGAAUUUCGGCUAACACUUCAUGAGUUAGUACAGUAGGUGGGUUAACUCAUGAAAUGUCAACAGAAAUUCCGAAGCGCGUUUCCGUUUCGAAAAGACUAAUUAAGUAGGGUUGUAAAAUUAAUCGUCAUGCAGCAUAAUUCUAUAAAAAAAUCAGUUACUCCAGGACGCCGGCUUUCGAACAAACUUCAUUUUGGCUGCAUCCAAAAACCAUACUCCGUAAAAAAUGGCUACUUAAAUAGCAUGCAUUUUUUUCAUUGAUUUUCCAUGCUCUUAAAGGUUCAAUUAUAUUUCAAGGAACACGUGCAUAAAAAUAUUUACUUUUGCUCAGUUCGUAGAGAAUUACGUCUUCUUCAAAUCUUAUACUCGAAGGAAGGGUAUAAUUUGGUUUUAAAAAGUUUCUAAUUGUGAGAUCUUUUAAUACCGUGAAAUGGCCGUUCACAAAACAUCAUCUCUCGGCAUUUACCAAUGUGGCUUGUAGAGUUAACAAUAUAGGUCAAAUCCACUGCCUGAUUUUAUGAACCCUAUAUGGUCCCACUUUAUUACUGCAGAGAAAUUUAUGGUUUUCCGUACGCAGGAAUCAUAAGGCUUGUAGUUUGGGAACCCUGAAUGCAAGUGUAACAGCAGGUUGGAUUCAAAAUUAUUCGGGAAUUGGAAGAUUUUUUUGCAAACCGAAUUAUACCCUUCCUUCGAGUAUAAGAUUGGAAGAAGACGUAAUUUUCUACAAAAUGAGCAAAAGAAUGAAUAUUUUUAGGAAUGUUUUUCAUGAAAUAUAAUUGGACAUUUAGGGGCAUCGAAAAUCGAUGAGAAAAACUCAUGCUAAGUAAGUAGUCAUCUUUUCACAGAGUGUAGUUGUUGCAUGCAGCCGGAAGGGAGUUCGUUCGAAAGCCGGCAUCCUGAGGUAACUGAAAUAUCAUAUAAUUAUGCGGCAUGUGGAUUAGUUUUACAACCCUACUUAAUUAAUCUUUUCGAAACGGAAACGAAUUUCGGAAUUUCUGCUGAGAUUUCAUGCGUUAGCUCACUUACUGUACGCAUAAAAGCACCUAUAAAACCAACUCGCCCCACUGUCUCACUCUGCCUCGAACAUGUUCGACAACCGUCAACGGUCGCGUUAGCUUCGCUAACUGCAAGAGCGUGAAAGGCAGUGUCCCCGUGUUCUCUACUCAAAAGACCCAUCAUUAUUGUAUCUUUCGUCAUAUCUUGCUACCUUCAAGCUGACCUGAUGACUGUGAUGCCCAGGGGUAACCCCCCCCCCUGUUACAGGCCUGCCGUCCCUCAUCACUUACAUUUCCCUCUUCCACACCGCAACCGCAACUUUAGCCAUUGCAUACACCUAUUCCGUAAUAUGCGCAGCCAUGACCAAUAUCGGUUGCAUGACACUCGCAAAGCAAUCCUUAUAAGUCAAAUCAAUUCAUGAACCCUCUGCAGUCAUUGGUAAUGAGGGAUGAGCCAUUAUGCCUACUUACAAUGAGUGACUGAUCUCAUGAAAUGUUGGCCAAAAUUCUGAAAUUCGUUUUCAGUUAGGAUAGAUUACUUAGGUGGGGUUGUAAUACUGAUUAUCUUGCGGCAUAAUUCUAUAAUAUUUCAGACUCGGCAGAAUGUCGGCUUUUAAAUUAACCCUUUCUCAAUCUCCCGUAGAAACCGUGCUUGGCGAAAUAUGACUACUUAUAUAGCAUGCAUUUUUCAAAGUGAUUUUCGACAGACAUAUAAAUUUAAAUACAUUUCAUAAAAAACAUGAGCAAAAGGACUCUUUCUUCCACUCGUUUGAUAGAAAAUCACGCCAACUUUAUAUUUUAUACUCGAAGAAAGAGUAUAAUUAGGUUUUCAAAAAGUUUCUAAUUAUGAGAUUUUUUAAAACCGUGCAAUGUCUAUUCAUGCAGCAUUGUACCUGUCCUUUUACCACCGCUCCUCAUGAAAUGUACAACAUAGUCUGCAUCCAUCGCAAAAUUUUAUGGACUCAAUAUGGCAUUUUCUUAAAGGCAUGGGAGAAUAUAUGAUUUUCCUUACGCGGAACGCAUGCAGCAUGCAAACUGAAAUCGUUAGGCGUUAAUGCAAGGGCUGAUCAGGUUCCAAAUAAUCGGGAAUUAGAAAACUUUUAAAGCAUAAUUAUACGCCUUUUUCGAGUAUAAAAUAUAAAGACGACGUGAUUCUUUAUCAAAUGACUGAAAGAAAGCAUAUUUUUGUUCGUGGUUUCUAUAAAAUAUAUUUGAUUUUAUAAGACCAUGGAAAAUCAAUGAGAAAAAUGCGUGCUACUUAAAUAGUCAUUUUUUACCAAGUUCAGUUUCUAUAGGAGAUUAAAUAACAACGUAUUCAAAAGCUGAAAUCCUGCCGAGUCCGAAGUAUUAUAGGAUUAUAUCGCAAGGUAAUCAUUAUUACAACCGCGCCCAAGUAAUCCUUCACAAUCGUAAACGCAUUUCAGAAUUUUGGACAACAUUUCAUGAGAUCGUUCACUCACUGUAUGUUUGCACAUUUGGCAUGCAUUUGUCCGGGACUCUACACCACGCCAACCGCUGCGUCCAAUUCUAUCAUCAGUCAGCUGGCAGGCCCCGAGAGGUCAUUGGUGGAUGUGCGAGAGAGAGAGAGGAAGCGAGGGGAGGGAAACCGAUGCCAGCAUACCCUUACUCAUGCCAAAUCAGCGCAUUCUUCACUUGAUCUAACACGACCCACCAAGGCUUGUUGCUUGGAGGCAUGCCUACUGGUACGGUUUAUCGUCGCUCCCCAGAACUGAGGGCCAGAUCGUGUGUGGCAUACGUAGAUAUCCCCUUGUUGACAUUUAAAGUAUGAAGUCCAACCCCUCCUUUAUUAAAACGUUCUUCCGUGUGUUCUAGAAAUACAAAAGCACACGUGUGAGACUUGUGGCAAAGCCUUUACUCGCAAUCAGGAACUGAAGAGGCACGCAAACAGUGUCCACAAAAGUAUGUCUCUUUAUUCCUGCACUUUUGCAUUCAAGCCUUUUUUUACCGAUUCCACCCUGCCGCCACAUUCUCUUCAUGAUUUUUCGCCGGUUCUUAUUUUUGUCAGAAGAAACUUUCUCAAUAAAGAUCUCGAAUAAACGCGAAAGUCGGAGCCGCUUCCUUAUACAGGUGGUUUUGCGUUAAAUUCUCGGGAGGUCUGGAUUGGGAUUAGGUCUAGGUUUAUGCCACGAGAAUCGGCACCCUUUCUAGGGUUUAGGUCAAGGCUACGUGCAUUACGGGGGAUUAUUCCCGUGUCUCAUCAGCUCUUUUGUCUGUGUCUGGCCAAACAAGUGAUAUAAUACAAAGAAAAUUAUAACCUAAUAUCAGUGCCUUGGAAGACAUCCGUUUAUCCGAUUUUCGGUCAGGUGUGUUUAUGUAGCCCCACAUGAAGUAAACAAACCCCAUCCACCUGUAAUGGGGGACUAGUGGUAAUAGGGGCUUUUGCAGGUGGGGUCGGGGGACGCACAGGUACCGAGGUCAAGUAAUUGUAUGCAAAAGAAAAGCUAUUGGAAAUGCGCCGUUGUACUGGUGAUGCAACUUUUCGAAGGAAACGAGACUAGUUUUUGUUCUGUAACUAUGUCUCAUCGGGUUCUUUGUGGAGGCUAUAAGCCGCGCGUUUUGACAAUCGUAUAGGUUCUGCCCUCUGUACGUUGCGUCAAACUCACAAUUAACUGAUACUUGUUAUGACCCGGCCUGGUACUUGAAAUCACGUGGAACGUAUGCACGUUCGACAUUUGUCCCCAAUACCAACGCGGCAGAGAAGAACACGACCGGCCACGAAAAAGUGUAUUAGGAAACUGCAGGUCAAGUCUAACUGGGAAAGUAACGUGUAUUUAUAACAUCCUACUGGGGUUCGCCUGCAUUCAGCCCAAUUCAAUUCAAAAAGAAGAUUCUGGACGAGCUGAUCGAUAAUUCGAAUACACGGAUCGAUCAGGCUCGAGGGGGGCAGUCAAUGGCGAAGCACCACGAUGAUGCUGACAACGCGCUAGGGCAAUACGCACGUGGCCCCCCAGUGAUCGACUGGCUCUCAUGUUUGGGAGUGUUGGCAUCCCAAACAAUACUACAGGCCAUCUUGGCCGAAUUACACGAGCUAGGAUCAUCUGUUUCUUAAAAGAGGUGCAGUUUACAAAAUCGAUCAAAGGAGACUUUUAGAGAGGUCAUAGACUACUCCCCAAUCAGACUGCCGACUGGUGGUCGACACAAACUUAUCGAUGCUUUUUAAUUUUUGUAAUGUCUGUUUCAUUGAACCUCAUGAAUCACGAUGCCUAGGAAAGAUAUCUCAGGCCUAAUUUUCCUCAUGCAUAAAAUUUACGGAAUCCAACACAGAUGGCGAGGAUAGUUCAUAAAAUCUAUGACAGUAUGUCUUUUUGAAAGGAAAUUUGGAGGACGAGUUCAGAACUUCACACCAAGUAACUACAUCUUGAAAGAUUCAUCGAAAAGAUGUCGGUCUGCUGUAUUGUAUAAUCACUCUCUGGUAGCCAAUACAUUCGUAGAUUUUUCUGUAACAUUAAGGUUGGCUGUAAAGAAGCCUGUUAUUUCUCAUGUCAACCACUCGUUGAGGCUCGGUAGGGUCGGUCAGGGAUCGUGCAACCUAGCCGUCCUGCCGUCUUGCACAUCGGUUAUUCCGUGCCCUGUCUGGCAGUGAUUGCUUGGCGCAUUCCCCGAUUUCACAGGUUUCUGCAGAGGCUUUGCUCGCUUGGUUGGUCCGGCGCUUGAGUCCACUCGUGUCUUCUUCGAUUGAAGUUGUUCAAAUCCAGAAUUUGACAGUCUGCUCUGACCCGACAUAAAUCUGUGACUGCGGAAAUCUUUCCCUACCCCCUUCCCCCCAUAGUGUCUGCAUUGUUUCAUGUUUUUAGGGAACUCCCCCCUCCACCCCAUCGCCCUAACGCCACGAGCGUAAUCCAGGCUCAGGACUAUGGCCUAUUGCGGCACUGGGGCGGUCAGGCAGGACGUGCUGUAGAACCCACUCAACCAAGUAUUUAAACGACGCUCGUGAUGGAACACAGGCCGGAGAGGAAACGACGUCGAGGAAAUCACUGGCCUCAACGUUCACGCGAACUUUAUCUCUCGUUCUGAGCCAGUAGGCUUGGAGCGAUCGAAGAAACUUCGGCGCUACGUAAUCUCGUAGCACGAUCGGUCCCAAGGACUCGAGUGACAUACAGAGGCAAAAUCCACGAAAUAAAUCUAAAAUGGACAGUUUUUUCAAUCUUUGACAGUGUUCGAGGGCAAGCCAGAAAUGACUGCUCGAUCCUUGUGACUGACAAUGUCCACCGCGUGCUCCACAGCAGAGUUAAAGCGGGCCCGGUGACUUACGCGUGAUUUUUUUUGAAGUGAUAGUAAACUUGCGCCACAUCCACCGCACUCUCUCCUGCUCCGUCAUCUGGGCACGGUUGAACGGAGGCUGGGCAGCCGCGGUCGCGGAGGCAGCAAUUGCAGUUGGCGCAUCCAGUCCGAAGGUGACCAACGAGGCCGAUCCGCGCGCGAAAUGUUUGCUGACAGCGCGAACGCGGGCGGAGUUGAGUGGCGUAGUUUCGAAUCGGAGUCCUGCACGCAGCCCUUUGGCUUUAGCGGCGGCUACCCGGGUUGCUUGGUAGAUGGCUGGGCUAGUCUUCAUCUCCAGCCCGGUCUGUUCUGGGCGAGGUCCUCCCAGGUCCUUGGGUUGAUCUGCCGUCACAUCAGAGAGUUCUUCAGAGUGUCGUUGGAUCAUCUUUUUUGUCUUCCCGGUCAGCGAGCACCUGUAACAGUGUCUUCGUAAAAGAGCCGCUUGGAUAGUCGCGCAUCAUCCAUCACGAGGUGGCCGCUCCGUCGCAGUUGCAGUUACUUCAACACUGCGUGGAUGCUAAGACUUCCAGUCCGUCCCAGGAUGCCCGUUUCAUGGAUUCCAUCCCGUUUUCUCAGUCUUAGUGAUCUGCGGCGGCAACCGAGAUGGAAGUAAUUGAGUUUCCUGACAUGGCUUGCGUAGCCGGUCCAGGUCUGAGAAGUAGAAGGUUUUGGCCAACAUAUUUUUCUGCCUCCUGGUCGAAAAACACACUGAUUAUUUCUCCCUCAGUCGUCGCACUACAAACGGAGACAAUGUCGGAGAUCGCCUUUGGAAAUUUUAAAGGCUGUGCCAAGAAGAAUUAGGACACCGUAAUUUCCUCAUAGAGACCUCCCGCCAUUUUUGAAAAACAAUGCAGCUGCAGUCUCGUCACGGUCGUGGGCGCUUUUUCUGGUUCCUCGCAUCAGGUCGACAAUUUCCUCAGAACGGGAUUUUUAUACUUCCUCUGGAGGGCUGCUUUUGUCAGGUUCCUUGGCGUUCUGUGGUCACGAUAUCCCAAUAACCCUCUCCGCCUCGCACAGUGAGCUUCAGUCGUCGUUAUCUGGAGGCACAAAGGCGUCUUUCAAUUGGACUUCGGCUGAAGGGGCCGAGUCUGUCUAGUUCAGAAUCUAGGCGCAGUGUCUCACCCCAGCGCGAUCUCCCAGGCAGCUGGUUAUGCGCGUGAUCCAAGGUUUCAUGGUUACUGUUUGCAGUUAGGUAAGUUUUUAGCUUUUGAACGUUUUGAAUUUCCAUAGAUCCGCCCAAGGACCGAUAUGGGUAAAGAGCUUUCCUAUGAGUUAUUGGGCUAGAUGUUGUUUUGAAAAGUUUCUGUUGGCUUGCAGCCGUGAUGAUUCAAAUACAGUACCUGUGCUAACUCAUGAAAUGUCACGAAUUAACACAGGUUAACGCCUUUAACGCAAAAUCGGUAAACACUACGGCUCCCAAAGUCUGAUAGCGGACAAUAAACGAUGUGCCAAAGAAAUAAAGCAAAGUUUGGUUAAGAAAAUAUUAUUUACUGAGAUAAAAAUAAAUAAUUUUCGACAAAAGUCACAUUUUCGAGAAACGCCUAUAUUACAACCAAGUUAAUAAAGGCUACGUAUGAGGACGUAUAAAGAUCCGUAUCAAACUUUCCUUCAGAAAACGGUCUUUUCGUCCUUAUUUCAACCAAAUAAACACAAAUAACGACACCAAAAAUACACUACAUUGUCCACUAUAAUUUUGACCUCGGCAUUUCAUGAGUUAGCACAGGUACUGUAUAAUGCAUAUCUGAAAGAGAACUUCUUUUUUUAUUUGUUCUUCGUGAACGCGACAGUCCAUUUUUGAAAUCUGAGACAGCAUCUUUGCUCCAAAGGCAUAUCCAAAGAAUCGUGUUAAUCGUAUCCACAAAGAUGCUAGCCUCUCUCUUAAUGUUUAAUCAUUCCGAGCUCUCACACUUUCCUCUCUAAUGCCACAUCGACUUUUCCCAUGAGUUUUUUGUGAGAUUUAUGUUUUCGAACAUUAUGCAGUCUUCGUAAAGGAAGAAAACAGACUCUCUAACAACCUUACGUAUUUCUUCUUGUCCAUCAGAACUACGACGGCACGUUUGUGACACUUGUGGCAAAGCCUUUAAGGAAAAGGUUCAUCUAAGGAAACAUGUUGACGCCGUUCACAAACGUACGUUGCUUUUCGCUCUAUGUUUUGCGAUUUCCAUUCCGCAACGAUUCCGGUGUUACGCCACCUUGGUUUUCUCCACAGCGCCUGUCGGUGUGUUUUUUUGAAGCCUUGCGAGAGUUGUGUUCCCUCACUGAACACGCGCAUCUUGCUUUGUCAGGGAGGUCGGGGUUAGAAAUCCCACGGGAGGAUAGUCUCGCAGUGGGAAACAAUCAGUAAUCAAUAAUUACUACCGAUAGAGUCAACAGAAAACUGCAAUGACAAAUAAUGAUUUAUAUGCCGCCUUUAGCCAGCCAUACCCUGAGGUCUGAGUCUAGGUUCAGUUGGCACGCCGUUAGACCCGCCCGGCUGGCCGAGUCGGUGUAUGUGACACGGACAAACUUGGGACUUGAUGCCACACAACAUAUCGUUUCUCAUCUCACCGUUUUCAUGACUCAAACUUGUUGUUGGUGAAUGACGCGAUUGCGGGGCCGACCCUGAGGUAGAUUUCAUCCUUUCUAUUCUGCGCUCUUUUUUCUAACUGGGUCAGUUCUAAAAUAUCAAGAUGCGCCAUAUUCGCUGGCUUGUAAGAUUGCAACCCGUUAGGAGGACUCUGUCCUACUGAGGGUCAGGAGCCUACGUCCCUUCUUUACCCUGUCAGCCUCGCCGGCCAGCUUGUUCCCGAGACCUUUUUCAAAUCUCAUUUUGGCGUACUGUCACUGUGGCCGCCGCUGCGACAAAAAAAUAUACCACAAACACACCUACUGAACACACAUUAGUACGUAAGGUAGCCGUGAUGGAAGACCUGCGGCCGCGUAUUUGGCACCCGUCCUCAUUUUUUUGAGACCAGCCCGCAUGCUGUAUAGAUAGGUGCUUGUUCAGCUUCGUCGGUCUCUCUGCUAUACCCAUCCCCGAUAGUCUGAACUCUGUCAGACCAGUGGACGCAGUGAGUGUGGGAAGAGGGGAGCGUGAUGGAUGCCGCUCAGGGCCCAGUUCACGUCCAAGUAAUCCCUGCCUCUCCAGGAAGUAUUCCGUUCUGGGCGUCAACUUGCCCCAUCGUGUGCCGUUGACUUUAGCGUGAGUGGCUGUUCUGUGGUCUCGAAAAAGCGCAGUUAAGUCGUGGCUCGCCGGUCAUCGAUUAGGUGGAUCUGACUGACGGCCGAUCAUUUUGCCGGGCAAUACCGUUCAUUCUCUAAUACUGCUAUUUCGUAUGUAACUAAUUUGCUUAAUCGGUGCCCGCGACUGCUUAAUUAUCAGACUCGGGAAUUGACGGCCAGGCAUCGCUUUCCCGAAGUCUGUAUCAUCUCGCGAUCGGGCGCUAUGUCUGUGUAUUGAAGCACAAAUGUAGUUUUUUUUAUUUUCAUGCUGAGGUCCAUGCUGCAGACGAUGAAGCAACCUGCAUGAAGGUUAGCAUGUUAACUGAGGAAAUGAGAAGGAAUUGGUCGAAGUUAACUCUGACUUCCAAUACAAUUUAAACGUUAUUAUUUGUUUUUUAGAACUGCGCAAAUUUGCGUGUGAGGUGUGUGGGAAAACCUUUAAGCGGAAGUCACACCUGAAGAAUCAUGCCGGUUGUGACAAAAGAAGUACGCACGUUUUCGCACCUCUCUGUUUCCAUUAUUUACUGGACCCAUUUCGCCAAUUCUUUUUCCUCCUCCUCCUCCUCCCCCCUCCUCCUCCUCCUUCUUCUUCUUCUCCUCCUCCUCCUCCUCCUCCUCCCCCUCCUCCUCCUCCUCCCCCCCUCCUCAUCCUCCUCCUCCUCCUCCUCGGCGACGGCGGUUGUUUGUGUACUGUUUAAGGCCACCUAAGAGCGACGUCUGCUCUUUUAAGCCGACUGCUGGGAGAAACAGCUGCAGAUAGGAUUGAUGGACGCACAAGGCGGUGCGGUUGCAACAUCAUCAAAUAUGUACCAUAAGUGGCAGCUAGGACAUCCACCGCUGAUGGUUGUGCUUGAUGCGAUGAUUGCUUCUCCAUACACAUUCGAGUCUUUACUUUGCGGCAGCCGAAGACACUAAAAGUAGAAAACACGGGGUAUAGCUCCUGGCCUAAAUCGAUCCGUUUGGACGGGUAGGUGACAUCUCAUGUCAGUCAAACUACCGGCGGUGAGUUCGACGCUGUGGGAAUCUGGGGGCGAGGACCGUGGAAGGCACCGAGAUAGGGAAGGAGAGAGAGAUAAGAGUUUUGGAGCGAAUGUUUUGGGAGGUAAGUAAAGAGCUACAAAGGAAGGACCACCGGGUAUCCUCACCGAUAAGUAGUACAUCAUCUCCUCAAACAACUCAGUCCAAUUAGUGGGACGUUAAAAUUGUCGCAGUCUUAAUCACGGUUGUGGAUUAUUGAAAUAAUAAUUACUAUGCCAUCUGGGUCAUCGAUGUUGUCACAGGAAGCAGUGUUAGCCCGCGUGUUUUUCAGUUGACCAUUUGCAAUGCCCAGACAAUGCCUCAUAACUUCCUAUGGAAGGUGAUGGACAUAAGCGUUAUUAAUUGACAGCGGGUCGGAAAACCGUGUUUCCGACAGCUUGCGGUUCACGAGGUUAUCACCUCUCACGUGAAUGUUGACCUCUUCCCGCCGAAUGAUCUGUGACUUACGGCCUGAAACAAUUCCUCCUCACAGCUGAUGCAUGUUCGGCCAUCCGCGUACGCGACUGUACCAUGUUCGUUAGAUUACUCCAACCGUUUUCUGCCGUGUCAGUUUAUCCUCUAUCAGUGUACUUGGCGUCUGAUAGCCGCCUCCGGCUUGUGUGCAGCCCGACUCCAAGAGGACUUUUAAUGGCCUCUGUGACCUUUUGGCAUACGGGAAGGCUCAGCGAAAUAUGGGCUACCGAUAAUCAACAUCGAAGAUGAGACUACGUCAGACACUGAGCAUAGCUCCUGGCCUAAGUCGAGCUCAACAGAAUUGUUGAUCGCGCCAUCGCAUUCAUGCCGGCAAAAGGGUGUAGGGGAAGAAUUAGGCCGGCAUAAAAAUGUAUAAUAGUAACAGGAAGGAAUUUAGUAUGUGGACAAUGGUUAAUGGUACAAGAAAGGAUGAGUUACAUCAGAGAGACGAUCCGUUUGGACGGGUAGAUGACAUCGGCAUGUCAGCUAAACAACUGACGGUGAGUACAACGCUGUGGGAAACUGGAGGCGAGAACCGUGGAAGGCGCGGAAAAAGAGAUAAGCUUUGCGGCGAAUUUUGCGAGAGAGAAGUGAGCAGUUACGAGGGAAGGGUCGCCUCCGACACGUGGCUACAGGAUCUCUGUCCCGAAUCUGCACCAAAAGUGUUGGCUCUAUUCAAGUAACUCCGUCCGAUUGGUGGUACAUCGCACUGUUUUGAGUAGCAUAAAACUAUUCGACCUAGAUUUGAAUAAGAUAUGAAAUCCCCAUUUUGACCAUACAAUUUGGUUUCUGGGAAAUUUAAGUCAAGCAGGACAAAUACAGUGGAAUUUGAUAACUUAAAGUCCUUUUAUUUAUAUUUUAGAGCCGCGAGAAUAUAAGUGUGAGAUCUGUGACAAAAACUUUUCGGAGAGCGGUUCCCUGAAAAGACACAUUGACGGUAUCCACAAAAGUGCGUCUGCUUUUGCUCAUUGGUUUAUCGCUUUUGUCUUUAAACAAAUUUAAUAGUAUGUCUCCUCGACUUCUCAUUAAAACUCCUAACUUGUUUUUAUACUAAUCUUAGCGACCCUCUUUAUCAUAGCUUUUCAAAUCAUGUGCGUCCUCACACUAAAAUGGACUAUUUUGUGACCCCAUGCCAUAUUUUGUUCCGCGCUGCCCACAUAAAGAUUUCCUAACCUUUGGAAACGACCUUCCAGUUACUUUUUGCCAUGAUUGGUUGAUAACGUGCAAAGUAAGUUUCAUUUCUAGACUAUCGAAGCAGCCCCUGUGUAGCAGCGAGGCGACAACUUUUCCUAGGACGAACAUUGCAUUUCAUGAUAAUCCUGUUUUAUGCACCUUUAUUCUCAUAGCAUAGCUAAUUUUUUUAUAUAAACAUUUGCGGACCGUAUUUAGCGUAUAUUCACGAUGUAGGAAUUCUCAUAUACUGUCCGUUUCCUUUCUAAGAACACUCAUUAGAUUUGUUAGGAUAUAAAUUUGGCGGUGCAGAUCGUCAGUUUACAAAGAUGUCGAGGUAGUCAUUAUACAAAUAUCCUGCAGUCGGGGUUACGGUGUCCUCCAGAGCCCGAUAGGACAUCAAUCUUCUGUUUAUUGUAGACUGUGUGCGUUCCCUCCAAAUCACAGACUCACCAAGCUCAUUUUUAGCCUAGACUGGGGGUUUUGCCCCGCACCAACUAUGAGCGAAUUUCCCUUCUCAGGAACCGAACUUUACUUCGCAUGUCGAUAUCAAAUAUGAAGUACUGUGCAAAUCCUUGAGGCAUGCUAUCUACAUUUCAGAAUUGCGAGAGCAUUCAUGCGAAAUUUGCGGCAAGUCCUGCGCACAGAAGGGAGACCUAAAGAAGCAUAUUGACGCUGUCCACAGAAGUACGUCUCUUUCUCUAUUCCUAUCAUCAGGGGAGACUCGAAUGGCCAUUUCUGGCAUAUUAGUCGUCGUCAGCCAGCCAAACCCGAACCCGCGGUGGGCAGCCCUUGGGGCUCGACUUCGCUGCCUGCUGGUUAGACGUCCAACACCCUGACCUCUGAGCCAGGGGCCAAAGGGUGGCGGGGGGAGGGCGAAGAACUGCGCUCUCACCGGUGACGACACACACGAACUUCUCUGCGUCGCUUGUUUGUUUUGGCUAAUUUGAUGACGGGCUAUUAAACGGAAAAUGAGGAUUCUCGCAUGUGAAUUUCAUUCUAAGUAAUGGUAGGGGCGCUCAUGGAUCGUUCUUACGGAACUCACUCGUUCCGUUGUGCCUUAUGGGCUCUCUCUCGAGCCCAACCAGCAGCCGCACGUCGGCGCAUGAUAUAUAGGCAGAAUGGUAUUACCGACAAAGUCAAGGGAGUCCGGAAUGACCAUUUCUGGCUUAUUAGCCGUCGUCAGCCAGUCAUACCCAACCCCGAAGUGUGGAACAUCCGAGGCUCGAACUCGCGACCUGUUAGUUAGAAGUGCACGCCUCCAACCACUGGGCCACGAGCCCGUUGCCCUGCCGGUUUUCGAUCGGGAAUAUGCAAUAGUAGGGGGCGCUCACCGAUCUUCCUUACGGAACUCACUCGUUCCGUUGUGCCUUGCCGACAGUGCAACGGGCUCUUGGCCCAGUGGUUAGAGGCGUAAAGUUCUAACUAACAGGUCGCGAGUUCGAGCCUCGGGUGUUUCACACUUCGAGGUUGGGUAUGACUGGCUGACGACGGCUAAAAAGCCAGAAAGGACUAUUCCAGUCUCCCUUGUCUUUGUCGGUAAUGCCAGUCAUUCUAGGUGUUACUACUGAAGAGUCUAAGCGGUGGGAGUGAGUGCUCAGUGCGCUACAAUCGCCAGGCCAAAUCCCAAGUUGUUGGGAAAGACAGCAUGUACCAGAUUUAUUGAUUGUAUACAGAGCGACAGUGGCCGCUGGCGAAGCCAGGGGUGGUGUUAACCGCGUCUGGUACGUUUAAGCACGAGUUUCAACCAUGCCAGUCACCUGCGCCCUCCCCUGCCUCCGUUUUAUGGCUCCGUCUUGACACCGGGUGCAGGCUGGAGUGGAGGGGAGAGUGCGGUAGAUGCGGCGCAAGUCUACAAUUAUCAUUAACUAAUUCAAGCACAAGUUACCGUUCCUUCUCUCACCAUGCUGUGGAUCACAAAGUGCACAUCAUCGACAUCAUCCGGUCGAACCGUCAUUUAUUCACAUUUGUUCCAAUCAUUUCCUUUUAAACUGGCUGUUUGUUCUUCGACUACCCCAAAGUUGUGAAAAAUCCUUUCCGCCUGAAGACGUUAAUUUCACUUGACUGAGAUGACUUGCAGGAUGAAUGGCAGUGAUUAUUCUGAAGCUAUUUUAUGUUUAGGGUCGUUGCACUGGCUUGUGCCGUCGGAUUUUAGAGCUGAUAUUUACUGAUGGAUUUAUGUGGUAAAAGUGCGUUUGCCGAUUAUGUUACGGGACACACUUGUUCCGUAACGCAUAGCGACUGGCAAUUAUGCGGGUGCAGUACUGACAUGGUGGUUUGGAACAAGUGAUUAUGAGAAAGGGCGGGAUCUGCUGCCACCGCAUCCAUCGUAGAACGGUCAACCGAGACCCUCUGCUUCCUAACCACACUAUGCGCUCAGUCUGCUUCGGAUAACCAGUAUUUGGAUGUAGGCAGAUAGUCCAAUCGCAUUUGAGUCGUUUUUUACAUACGGCCAUCAAUCGUGUGUCAUCAGAGUGUCGUCGCUUUUGCUCGCCUCAGCUGCAAGCUUCUGUAUCUGAUAGCAAUUCUAGCCAUGCGACCGCUCCAACGCGGUUGUAUCUCUUGGCGUUAAUACGGAGAACGCCUAUCUAUUCCGGUGGUUCUGUAUGUGAUCCGUUCCUGCCACCUGACCUUCUCUAUACUUAUGAGGCACCUAAGUUAAGAAGGAUUUGGUCUCGUCGGGCAGAUCUUCUAGACCGUCCUUGUUUUUCCCCCGUGUUGGAGAGUUGUCAAGCUGACUACCUGAUGUGUACUAGGUUUCCUGAUAAAUAGGAUACUAUGCAAUUGCCCACGAAGCGCUUUGGCCGGCCGACCUCCUUCUGGAGAUCUAACUUGCGAUUUUUCGUCAAUAUUGACGUUUCUGAAGAUGGUACUUCCAACAUAUGCAAACUCGUCGAUGAGUAUGAGGUGAGUUUCACUGACGUAGACCCUUGACUCGUUGUAGUAAUCUUUUGGCGCUGGCUGAUGUAUGAACACUGCCUUGUAAGCCCGAGGUUUGUGUAGCCUGGUGCAGCGACAUCCACGCUACUUCCUGUGUUCGCUUAUGCUGCUGUAUUUACUGGGCUGUCAUCCGCGAACAACAGGUCGCGGUAACUGUCCUUGGUGACCCUCGUAGUUGCAUUUGCGCAUAAAAUUUUGAAUAGAUGUCUACGGAAGAAGAAGAAGAAGAAGAAGAAGAAGAAGAAGAGCAUUGCCGUUGCAGCUGCCGAGUUAGGUAGCGUGGUCUGUGCCGUCGCAGACGAUGACGUCAACAAGGAGAACCAGUUUGGGCGUUAAUUCUUUGUAGAAUUUGUUCUUUGCAUUGUCGGGGUUGGUAUUUGAAGAAAGGUAGAUGCUGAAGGGAGUGAUUGAUUUGUUCGCGCAGAUCGACGGUGUCAUAUCCAAUAGACGGUCGCUGAUUCGGUACGGCAGGCAGGACAGCUGUCUCCCGACGUAGUUGUUGAUAGCAAAGACGAUUCCACCGCCUCGUCGAUCUGUCUUUGAACGUCCGCCUUCGAAGGAGGUUUAGCCAGAAGUCGGUUGGUCCAAUUGUCCUUGUUCGGAGAGGCUGGUCUCACUGACAUUUCCGGUCGAUUGCCCAUUUUAUUGUCCCGAAGGGCGGGCUUUUCGGUCUACCAGAACAUCCAGCGUCUGUCUAUCAUACUGUGGGCAGACACACCGAUAGAGUAGCGAUCGUCACUUUUAUAUUUUUCCGAGCACAGAAUUCACGACCGAAGUCCAUAGUCAGCUCACCCAUGGCGUGUUUUCCGAGCGUCUUUCAGGUCACAUCGUCUGGCUGCCUUCCCCUCAGAUGGGAGACGGGGGGGGGGUUAGCAGUGCUGCCCGGUGUGAUGAGUCAGGACUCCGUUGCAGUGGGUAGACCGCCCGAUUUAGUCGGGGCCGUCUGGGAAUUUGCUUAUCGCCCUCUGCUUGGGACUUUGUGGCCAUGGGUGGGCGCGUACGGUUUGAGCGUUAUUCCCAGAUGCGUGCGAAGGUCUUUUUGUAGGAAUCGGUAGUCACGACUACAAUUCCACGCUUUGUUUUACGAGCAUCGUUCAGAGCGCAUUUUCUAACUCGCUCCCCUUUGGGGGGAUGCGGGGGGUUGGCGGUGCCGCCCGUAAAUGGGGCCGUCAUCCCAGACGGCUGCUGAAUUGCUGUGUGAUGAGUCACGACUUUGAGUAGGGACCGCCUGGGAACUCGCUUUUCGUCUUCUGUACAGAACUGUGGUUGUGAGUAGGAGGGUAUGGUUUGAGCAUUAGCAGAGGGAUUGCCGGAUGUAAUGCUGAACUCACGUUGGACACCCGCAUCUGGUUUGUCUUGCCAGUCAGCGGUAGUGCGUGUAGUGUGGCCGUCGAGGCGAGCUUAGGGCGAGAACGAUUUUUGGUAGAUACGUUUAACUGUUAGUGUAUUCUUUAUGAGUCCCGCUGCAGUUAACUGACCGGCUUGGACAGUGACUGGUGUGUGGGAAUGGGAAGGGGGAGUGAGGUCGACGACUCAGCGCAUUUUCCUCACUAUAAACAAUCUGACGCGCUUGAAGCUAUUACGAUGCGCUAAAAGCCGUGGCUUGCAAGGUUGCCAACUGACGGGGUAACUUGGAUCUCACAGUCAGCCCAGUGUUGCGCGUGUUGGUGCGGAGUUGCCGGCUGGUGGUCUGAGAGUCAGGCUGCAAUGGUUCCUUCUUAAAGUGGCCAUUAUGGCACUCCCACUGUGUGGGAUCCUAGCCGGAUGUUGGCGGCACGCCUAGGGGCGGUUUCAACCGUGCCAGCCUUCACUCUCCUUGUUAGUCAAAAACCUAGUUAUUUGUUGUAUGGACCAAGGGGUGUGAAGUGGAACGCCAAGGUGCGGGUUCGAAUGUGCCACCCACCUGCGCCCUCCCCCGUCUCCGGUCUUCUUGACUCUGUCUUGACAUCGGAUCCAGGUGAGUUAUUGCGGUAGAUGCAGCGCAAGUCUACUCUCACUAGAAUCCUGCGCAAGUCACCGGCCCUGCCCCGCCCUGCUGUGGAGCAUACGGUGGGCAUCAUCGAAACCGACGGUCAAACUAUCGUAUUCUUUAUGAGUACUUGCCACCAUCAUCGGCGUUCCGACCUAUAUUGUAUUUCGCACGUUAUCUUGAAUGUUGUGUUAAACAAAUACAUCAUUCGCGUUUUCAUUUACCACCUUGUUGUUUAUGGCGUCCCAUUUUGAUCGGCUGAUUGACCGUUCGCCGAAUCUGAUGGCCACCUAAAUCAGCAGCCGCCGGCAUUUCUUAAAAAAGUUAAAUGAUGAGUUCCCUUCCUGUGGAAAGUUCUUACCAAAUCUGUCUGAGCACGGCUGACUUGAGCUAAAUAGGCAAGAUCGUUAGAGUUGGGUUUAGAUUUAGAUUUAUGAGGGUUUCUGUUAGCGCAAGAGUUAGCGUUAGGUUUUUAGUUAGAGUUACACACAUGAAUGUAGCGCGGAGCAUCGCGUCUACAGGGAGCGUCCUUGCCACGAUUUAGCGUCUGUCUUGAUGUAAGGUCUUGUCGCAGUCGUGAAUAACAACAACCCGUACAUCCCUUUCCAGUCAUCCGACUUUUAUUUUCAGCGUUUCAUAAAUUUUAUCGCGUACCACAUAUCCGUUCAUGUAUCGUUGGCCGCUAUCUGUGACCUCCGAUCUUACCUCCGCCCUUUCUGACUCCGUCCUGGCGGGGGACCCUGGCGGGUGUGUGAGGAGAGAGUGCGAUAGAUGCUGCGCAAGUCCGUUCCCAUUAAAAACUAAUUCGCCGUGCUAGAGGGGUGCUCACCGAUCGUUCUUGCGGAACUCACCCGUUCCGUUGUGCCUUUCGUGUCCUCUCUCGAGCCCAACCAGCAACCACACAGCGGCGCAUGAUAUAGGCAGAAUGUUAGUACCGACAUAGACAAGAGAGACUGGAAUGGCCAUUCACCCAAUCCCAGCGCCCAUAAUGUGGUGGAGCACGCAUUGGGCAUCUUCGUUUGCGAUGGCCAAACUGCCGUGGCUCCUACAGCGAGCUACAUAGAAGAUCCGCUGGACCAACACCGGGUUCAUGUGGGGACGCGGUGUGCGUUAUUUGGGCUGUAGACCACACGUGGGGGGGGGGGUGUGGUGGAACGCCUGGACGCAAAUUCACUAUGCGCCAGCCACCUAACCCUGUCCGCGCAUCGGCUGACUGAUUGGCUCUAACAGUGGGCUCGUGCCUAGGGGAGGUCGAGGUGGACUCUACGAACUCCGUCCCUAUAGCACUUCAGUUCAUUUACUCGACACAAACAAGCUGAGUCGCUGUUAAGUUAUCAUCGUGUGCCAUAAAUCGUGGCUUGGAGAACUUCCAGCUGACUGGAUAACUUAGUCCUUCUUCCAGGACGAGAGUCAGACUUCAAUGGCUCCUUCUCAAUGUGACCCCUACGACACUCCCAGUCAGUGGGGAUGCGAGCUGCCCCUUUUCUUGUUCCUGUUAUCGCCUGGUUCAUCGCGCGCGCGGCCGGAGCGUGCGGGGCAUGCGUAGAUGAGAUGCCUUGCCUUGUCAGCCACUGUGCGCGAUAUCGCGGCCAGUCGCCCUAACUUAGUCUUGCCAAUUUGGCGGCGGAGGAGGAGAGAGUGCGGCGCAUUCUGCGUGAGUCGUUGUUUUGCGACAAACGGUGAUUAUCAUCGCUCAUAACGAUCGAACUGAUCUGUCGCACAAAUGCGUACGAGGUUUCCACUCCUCUGAAAUUCGUUGCCUGAAAAACACAGAAAGCUAUGUUAGCAUUUAGUAGUACGACAGAUAAAAUUCUGUUUUGAGAUCCUCUGGGGGUAAUCUAAUUAACUCGGCAAGAGUAUGCUUGCUGGUAACGGACCCUCGUUAGUUUAUUUCAUAAGGUUAGUAUUCUGAUGGUAUUGGAUCGGGUCACAGGUGAUUGGGGAAUUGUUAAUGUCAGUCGAGAGAAUUUCCGACUUCUGAGGAGCCUUGUCUUCCCUUUUCAGACCUCCGAGAAUACGCCUGCGAGACCUGUGGCAAGGCCUUUUCGGAGAAAAGAGGACUAGAGAGGCAUAUCAACGGUGUCCACGAAAGUAUGCCUUGCUUUACUUUCUUUUACGGCUAUGCUUCCGGAGUCGCAACACUAAUUCGCGGCGAAUUAGUCUGUUGCGACAUUUAAAAAUGCCUACUGAAUUAAGUAGGCGUGUUAUUUAAUUGUUUUCGUCGAUUAUUUUUGCUGAUGAGAAUGCAUCAGUCUUUUUCUUUGCGAUAUCGCUCUUGCCAGCGGUAUACAGUUGCUUGCUGCAGUUCCAUCAGUACUGUUGGUUACAGAGGGAGCUGCCGCACUAGUUAUCUGCUUAAGACACUCUUAGCAAUUCUUCUGGUACUACAUACCGUUUUAUUUACAGUAGCACCCCCAUUGGCAACAUUGGUACCGGUAUUAAUAAACUCUGUGUUAAAUACACGAAAAUUUGUAGGAAUAUUAGCAGCAGUAGUGUCAGUAGAAGUAGCAGUAGUAGUAGUAUUAGUAGUAGUAGUAGUAGUUGUAGUAGUAGUAGUAGUAGUAGUAGUAGUAGUAGUAGUAGUGGUAGUAGUAGUAGUAGUAGUAGUAGUAGUAGUAGUAGUAGUAGUAGUAGUAGUAGUAGUAGUAGUAGUAGUAGUAGUAGUAGUAGUAGUAGUAGUAGUAGUAGUAGUAGUAGUAGUAGUAGUAGUAGUAGUAGUAGUAGUAGUAGUAGUAGUAAGUAGUUCUAGUGGCGUUACUAACGGUCGCAGUGGUAGCAGUACCGUCAUCGAUACUUAAUCAUAGCACCCAUAAUAGAUUUGCAAUUCCUAGACGUAUUUGGUCUACCUUUUGGAGUGGCGAAUGAACAGACACCAGAAAUAAACUCAUUAGCCAGCCUUAAUUUGGUAGACAUAGCAGCAUAUCAACGGUGUCUACUAAAGUAUACCUAGUUUCACUUUCUUUUACGUUUCAUGGGUUUGUCCGUUCGUAGUUUUCUUUCCUUAAUUUUCCUCCAGUUUUUCUUUGGGGUUUUUCACUGUACCGUGUCUUUCUGGUUGAACUGAUAACACGGUACCUUUGUCCGUGAUACUGCCUGCCUGUGUAACUCUUUGUGAAACCUCUAAUAAUCUUACGGGCGCUCGAUAUGAUAGUUAUUUUUGAUUAGUUUCAAACUGCAUGUUUCUCAGAAUGUAAGACUUGCGUUGCCAGCUGGAUUUUCUUCCCAAACAGAAUGCUAGAUCCUGAUUUUUUGCGCUAACCAGCGUGUUUUAACGCUCAAGGGACCCCUGCACACUGCACAGACGAUAGGACACAGGAAUGGGAACCUCGUGGUCUUGCGCUAAGUUUCGGGGGGUGUACCGUUUAACGUGUCCUAAUCCUGUACCGAAAACUAACCAAAAUCUCGGGCCUAGACUGUGUCCCCACCUUUACCUCCCUGAAACUAAGCGCAAGGCCACCUCUGCUACGGGGACUUCCCGUUUCCAUGUCGUGCCCAAAAAUUAGCUGUGUACGCUACGCUUGAAAGUACGUAGGACCCAUCAGCCGCCAAUUUUGUAAACCCGGAUGCAAUUAUGAGCUUGCUUUAUUUUGCGUGUAAAUCACCAACAAGAUGAGAUUUUAACUUAUUGCUCAUACGGGAGGGCAUUGCCGUACAGUCCCUAUGAUAUUUGACUAUAAGUAGGUGAAGGACUGCAGAGGAUGACUGCGGCCACCUUGUUUAUCUGGAACUUCCUGUGAUGAUGGGUUAGACUCUGAGCUCAGAACCGUCAGGCAGGUAGAAAAUUAUUGCUCCAGUUUUCUAGUUUCCUUCUUGCCAUCGCCUCUUGGAACUCGCAUAUUACACUUGCCGGAACUUUCGGUGGGCGCGAAACACUCCGAUGAGUUCCUCGAUAAGCCCUUCCGAACGACAGACUCGAUUUCUGCACAAACGUAUCGGCACUUACUUUCGCCCGAUUUGCGUCCCACUCAACCACCCCCUUCCCCGAAAAUAAAUAGGUGGGGUGACAAUAGUAAUUAAACACUACAGGCCUAUGAUCCGAAUGCACCUCCGAAUAAUCUCUCGUAAGAGGACUGACUAAGAUUACACCAGAUACUUUAAGUUUACAGGCGAGAGUGGUACAAGAUAAGCUUCAGCAGAGUGGGACUGAACGAGCUUGUGAACGGGAUACCAUGUGCAAUGCACCACUAUAGAACAAGUUCCGCAAACUGAUCCGGAAUUCGUCGUUAAGGGGACUGCACAGCUACUUAUCGACAUGAUCAGAGCAGCAGAGUCUUUCCUCAGUUAGAUUGAAGCGACGGUCGAAACAAGAAACCUUAUCAGAUAUCAUAGCUCACAGAUCACGGGAAGUACUGACUCACCAGGACCGAACAUGAUGCAACGAGGAAACCCACGGCUGGCGCAAAUCCCCUUAUGGUGCAUUCAUUCUUACCGCAUUCGCCGGAUCUUAUGUUAAUUCUCUAACAGAAGAAGAGACCAAAUAAAAUUGCGGUCUUCAGACGAGUAUUUCUAUAACGUUCGCGACUCUCAUUGUCACUCUCUGCAGUCAACACUGGUUCUGUGAAGAGGUGCAAAGUGGAAGAUACCUCCUACGAAUGAAGGCGAAAGUUCGAGUUCCAGGUGUAUGCAUAUUUGAAGAAGAAGAAGAAGAAGAAGAAGAAGAAGAAGAAUCGGGCACCGGAACAAUUCGUUUAUUAUCCUGAGCUUUCAGACUCGUACAGGAGUCCAUCGUCAGAGGUAGUGGCAGAAACAGGACAAGCGGCAGUUAUAAGGCACGUAGGCCCAAUCAUCGACCGACAUCGCACCUCCUACAUCCUCACUGGCGACAUGACAGUCUAGACAAGAAGAAGAGAACCUUUAAUCACGUCGUAGGAAGGGCGCAGACUGGAAAGUGGUACUUAUGCUUUUCAGCACCAAAAUGUGAUGCGUUUCGUUUCUACAAAAGCAUAUGCAAGACGUAAAAGCAGUCGAAGAUGAUUGAAGUCUGUUUACUGUUCCUUAGCCUGACUUUCGAGCUACAAGUAGCCACAUAUGCCGAGGUUGUUGGAAAAAAGUUAAAUGGUUAGACUGACGCUGGGUAUAAGCUGUCAGCCACGCAUAGGGGGCUAAGAUCGCGAACCAUCUACACUUUUAUGGUAAGGUCAGCUGAAGGAUAUGCCAUUCUGCCUGGGUACUGUCGAUUCCAUUAACCUCUGCGUAGAGACGUGGGACCUGUCGAUUGCAUGUUUGAUGCGUGACUUCUAGCGUGUGUGAAUAAGUCCUGAAGGUGGUCGGUCUUCUGAGCUCUGAUCGCUCUUCCUGUCCGUCGUCCUCCACGCGAGUUGACUUUCUCCCGAUUAUACCUACUCCGAUAGGAAUUCACUCCGUAGCCUUGUCCGCCUGAAAAAAGAACAUAUGCAAAACAGCGUGACCGACAAAGACAAGGAAGAUUCGAAUAACAAUUUCCGGCUUAUUAGCCGUCGUCAGCCAGCCACACCCGACCCCGAGGUGUGCAAUUACUAGGGCUCGAUCCCGCGACCUGUUAGUUAGUAGUUCAUUUCCUCUAACCGCUGAACCACGGGCUCGUUGUCCUGUCGGUUGCGAUCGGGUAUAUAGAAUGGUAGAGGGGGGGGGGGAGGCGCUCUCCUAUCGCUGGCACAGAAUGUCGUAAAUUGUCCUGUCCCAUUCCUUCAGACUCCUUAGGGGACAAAUUGUAGACCAAACUACCCGCCACAAACAUGGCGUUCAUGUGUUGUGAUGGGACGCGCUUUGCGGAUGCCUCGGCAUGUGGCAACCGCGAGAUAUUUUCAAUCCUGCUUACUAUUGUAAUUGCGUUUAGGGUUUCAGUAAGAUGUGGUUAUGUAGUCCCACCUGAUGCACACAAUACUGUUGGAGUUUAGAUUAGGGUUAAGGCAACUAUUUCUCAGUCACUCAAAGUACAACCUUUGUUUUACAUACAAUUACUUGGCCUAGUCGCCUGUGCGUUCCCCCGGCCCCACAUGUAAAACCUCCCAUUACCACCUGUCCCCUAUUACAGGUGGGUUUUCCAGUUCAUAUGCUGUGAACUUUCCAUCUAAGGACAAUCACACAUUCCUCUGGACUGUUAGGAGGCUAUCGCCCAGUGUCCGUCGGAUUUCGCAUGUGCUUACAUGCAGUUCUGAUACUGAGUGUCGUAGAUCUUUUUGUUUGUUUGCUCGCUGUUUAUCCUCUGGUGCCUCUUUUGAUUUGAUGCCCUCUUUCCCUCAUUGUGACUGCAAAAAGUGCAGUAAAACAAGUAUUGCCUGUCUUCUUCACCAUAUUACUCAGGAUGUUUUUUAAAACUCCAUUUUUAGUGCUGAAAGAAUAUGCCUGUGAGAUUUGUGGCCAAGGCUUCCUACAGAAAAGAGAUGUGGCGAGACAUGUCGACAGUAUCCACAAAAGUACGCGCUUUCUUACUGUCUAGUUUAUAUUUCAUCUCUAUGAACGGAUCUGUUUUCCUACCACGUGAACUUUCUCCGUAGAACUGUUUGUCCUGCUCUUUUCUUCUGAACGUCGCAAAGCCGGAUGACGACACAGUGAUACAGCAGUCGUGGACCGCCACGAAAUGUUUCUUGUCACCACACUAACCGAAGAGCUAGAGGGAAUAACUUGUAAUAAACAAUUCGACCGACCGUUUGGAUCUCGCCUGCGCAGAAAAUUUCCAAGAAACCUCAUGAGCAAGGUCGAUUGGACCAGGCGCGAUCAUGUCUGUACCGUGUGAUUUUUCCUUAAGGCGUUCCUCAAUUGAACACAAGAAGAUGCACUGCAGAAUGUUUUCAGAGAGCAAAAACUGAACCAAAAUUGCCAAAAAAUUGCAAUAUGUUUGCGAUAUUGUCUCAUCUAAUAUGGGGAACUUUGUUAGGGGAAUUCGGAAGUUGUUUGGAACCAGUUUGGAGGAUACCUUGUACCGCCAACGUACUAACAACUGAACUCACCGAUGACAAAGGCACCAAUCCUGUGUGUUUGGCACCAUCCGCCUUCGUGAUCCAUCACAAAACAGGCGCACAGCGUUUCGGCUGUUUGGAUUUUGGCGAUCUAUGUUGCUGUCCGCUAAUGUAGUCGUCGUUUUGUCAAGGGUAGAAUCCGCUCGCAGAUAUCCUGUUCAAGUUUGAUGAGCUAAUUGGCUGCAUUUUUCGCCUUGCGUCAUGUGUUCCUUUUGGGACUGCGCCUGAAUUCUUUGAGUUUGGGGAACGUAACUUGAACUGCGGGAAUUACGGCCAUAUCGAUUUCAUGGACAUUGUUGCAAUUGAUUGUGUCAUUGUCAUCUGCAGGCGGUUUCUGAAAGGCGACAGGAAGACGGUUUUCAGAGCCGGAGAUCGCAACUACGACCUGUCAAUCACCAUCUUCUCUUUCGACCUCUUGUCGGCGUCCGGAUACGUUUUCACGAAUCGUUCUGGAACAAGGUGGUGUGCUGUCACGAAUUGUCGCUCUUUCACUUAUCCGCUCUCCAAGUUCUUGUCCACAAUACUUUCGCAUAACAGCUUAAUAUUUGAUCAGGCCUUUGAUGCGUCCUGUCGCCCAUUACACUGACUUACACCGUUAAAUGAAUUCUUGAGGCCCUUAAAAGUCUCUGUGGACAUAUCGCGACAUAUCAACUAUCAGAAGGAUCUGCGUGUGUCCGUUACUUGUCCGUCUGAUCUUCCUGACGACUUAUGAAUGCCGGUGUGUAUACCCGGAAGACGAGCGCACAUUGUGGUGUUCUGGCUGUCUCGAAUGGGACAGUUUUGUGAGGAGAUAUCAAAUCGUAAACAGCCGGCUAAAGCAAUCUGCUCACAUUUUUCAAUGCUUAAUCUAUGCAUCCCAUCCUGUUGUCGUAGGUUAGACGUCAGCGUCUCAUUUGAAACGAAAAAACAGGCAGUUCGUAGUCUGACUUGAAAUGGUCCAUUGAGCAAACAAAACGAUUCUUUGGCCUGCGGUAUGAUGUUCUCGGUACCUAAGGAAAAGGUUUUGCCUUUAAAGUUUUUGGACGCUGGCGGGUGUUCUAUGUCGAGCGGUUAUAUCUAGGAAGGCAACGUGUCUUUCCCUUGUGUAGGGUACCUCUAAGAAUUUGGCAACUACUACAGGUUCCUGAGUCUCGUUUGUGGAAGUUCGACGCGAGUCUCGUGCACCUUAACACUUUAACCAAAUCUGGCGCCUUUAUCUUCAUUCCAGAGCUGAGAGAAUAUGCUUGUGAAAUUUGCGGUAAAGCGUUUUCGCGGGUUGCACACCUGAAGAAUCAUAUCGAUGGUAUCCACAAAAGUAGGUUCCCUUUUUAUUACUAGUUUAUCGUUCCAUUUCCCCUUUUCAUAUUUUUUUGACUUCUUCAUGUUUGCAUUUUUCGCUGAAGUACGCUUGUGCGGUUUUUGCUUUAUCACAACUACCGUACUACUGACUUUAAAAACGUAAGAGUUAUUGAUUUCAACAAAUAGUUAUUUUGGAUGGAAUAAUUACAGUGACUUUAUCAGCUGCUUUUUUGUCUGUACCGAUUAAAACGUGUGAGCAAAAGAGGAUAGUUAGCAAACAUUCUGUCUAGAGUACGAAGUGGAGAAUUUUUUGUUCGAACACAACGUAAAUUCAAGAUUCAACUUUUGGAAACAGACUUUCAACGCUGUAAGAACGUCGUUGUCCUACAGUGAAUGACCGAUCUCAUGAAAUGUUGGCUGAAAUUCUGAGAUGCUUUUUCGAUUAGGAAGGAUUACUUAAGCGCGGAUGCGAAACUGAUUUUCUUGUGGCAUAAUUUUAUAAUAUUUUGGACUCGGCAGGACGUCAGCUUUCCAGUGCACUGUUUUUAAAUCUCCCGUAGAAACCGUAUUCGGAAAUAAAUGACUACUUAAUUGGCAUGCAUUUUUCUUAUUGAUUUUCGAUAGUCUUGCCAAUUUAAAUAUAUUGUAUAGAAACCACGAAUAAAACUAUACUUUCUUUCAGUUAUUUGAUAGAGAACCGCGUCGACUCUUUAUUUUAUGCUCGAAGAAGGAGUAUAAUUAGGUUUUGAAAAAGUUUCUAAUGUUGCAAUGUCCAUUCAUACAGCAUCGUACCUGUCUGUUUACCACUGCUCAUGAAAUGUACAACAUGGUCCGCAUCCACUGCAAAAUUUUAUGGAUCCUAUAUAGUAUCUGUUUAAAGACAUAGAAGAAUAUGUGAUUUUUUUACGGGGAACACAUGAGCCUUGUAGACUGAAAUCACUAACCGCUAAUGCAACGGCUGAUCAGGCUCCAAAUUAUUCGGGAAUUAGACAAAUUUUAAAAACCUAAUUGUACUCCUUUUGUCAAAUAUCGAAUCUAAAGACGAUGUGAUUGUCUGUCAAACUACUGAAAGAAAGCAUAUUUUUGUUCGGAUUUCUAUAAAAUAUAUUUGAAUUUUGAAGGCCAUCGAAAAUCAUUGUAAAAAAUUCAGGCUACUCAAGUAGUCAUUUUUUACUGAGUGCGGUUUCUGCAGAAGAUUAAAAUGUAGAACAUUUAAAAGCUGACAUUCUGUCAAGUCCGAAAUAUAUCAGGCCUAUUUCCCAUGAUAAUGAGUGUUUCAACACCACCUAAGUAAACCUUCCUAAUCGAAGUCACAUUUUAGAAUUUCAGUCAACAUUUCAUGAGGUCGGUCACUCACUGUAUGCGUUUAUGCUUUUAUCAUAGGAGUCGGACGUCCUUCCACGUAGCGUUGUUCCGCGUAUAUGAACUGUAAUAAGCUAACCCAGCCUCCGCUAACUUCUCCCAGUUAGGGUAAAUUAUCGUGCGUUGGGUCUCUUGAGAGCGGUACGUCACCGAUUUGGUUUGGGGGAAAGGCACAGCCGCUCCCUCUAGCUUUUACAUUUUCAGCGUACGGUCGCCAGCAUAGCGGCUAAGCUUCGCUUCUCAAUCCUGCCUGGGAAAACGAAGUGACCUGAGCACACUUUAGCUGAUUAGUUGCGUACUUGACAUCAUAGUAUUCGGAUCCGUGCACUUAUGAAUCUGCUAGGAGUUUCCUAGUUUAACAGCGAUGCCAUGGUUUUUCCUCUAUUAUGGAGUCUAAAGGUCUCUGAUACAUUUCGCUUUCACACACGAUCUUAAUACGGAGCACUUUCAGAAAUACACGAGCUCUCCAAAGUACGGUCAGAGUGUGAGUUAACUAGUACCGCCUGCAUAAGCCAUUGGAACGCAGCAUCGGCGAUAUGGCCGACUAAUAGUUAAGCCUCAGGAGAGUAGAAACGUCAUGUAACUCCGAUCUCAGGCAUCGCCUGAAUCAGGUUAUCAACCUCCUAUUGAAAGCGUUGUGGGGAUUUGUUGAGGACAUUGCAACAAAAGCUUGGUUCAAAAUUUGAUGGGGCACUUUAGGCAGAGGUUCGUUAGAUGGGCCAGAGGAUUUCUUACCUAAUAGUUUUAAAGCACUCCAUGAGGAACGUUAUCCACUCCUAAAACCGGGGUUCUUUGUUUCCUUUUUAGAACUACGAGAUUAUACGUGUGAGACUUGUGGAAAGGCAUUCGCUGAGAAAGGAUCCCUGAAAAGGCAUAUCAACGGCAUUCACAAACGUACGCAACCUUUCGCUUAUCGUUUUUCCCUUUCGGUUAUUUAACGCCCUCAUGUUCUAUCUCAUUGGUUUCCUCAUAGAGUCUUUUUCUGUCCGCCGUCUCCAGUCGGUCUUGCCAUGGAUUCCUGGUGCCGGACUGCGGAGAGAGUGCGGUGGAUCUGACUCGAUUUUUGAUCAAAUAACCCCGACCAACUGGUUGUAGCCCCUUUAUUCUGGCAAGUGAUCUACAACAGACUGUUUCGCUUGAAACGAUUAACGAGCCGGUGUGUAGCGGGCGUAGAUGAAGGAUGAUGUCACAGUAGCUAGUGCGCCCACAGACACAUUUCCACAUAUCGACUUACAUGCAGGCCAUCACUGUUCUCCCGGUUUAUUUUUUUAUGUUUAAAUCCCCCUAAGUGUUAACGAGGACUAGGACGGGUGGAUUUCACUACACUGAAGUUCGGCCUGGGGUACGAUGAUGCUCAAUUAUGGUUGAAUGACUUUAAUUCGCUGUCAGCCGAUGCUCCUUGGGCCGAUAUCUUUUCUUUAAACAUUCUAUAGGCUUGGCGAAUGACUUCUGUGGAAUUCCUUCCAACUACAGCGUAGCGUGUAUAGCGUCCGAUGUACCAGUUGCAUGACAACUACUGCCGAGGUUGUCUCAGUCACAUGAGUGUGGCAUGCAUCAAGCUAUCCUGACUGUAUAACGGAAAUCGGCAUCUCAGCUUUGCGACCAGCAAUCAAUGUUUGAAAAGUCUUUUGCUGAUGAAGACAAUGGACAGCGGAGUGGCCAUUUCUGAGUUCUUGUUGUCUUCAUUGGUCACUUAUACCCCUAUCCCGGGCUGCAUACCCCGGGGUUCGUGCCUGCGUCAGUUGACAAUCGAGAAGUGUUCUUACCGUCGCAAUGAUGGUUUUGUGUCAUGCUGGCUGAAGUAUUCAAUCAUAUGUGACUGGCGUGCACUAAUGAUCUAUCCUUAUUGCAGAACGCAAAGAAACAUUGUCGGUUUCGUUCUGGCCGAAUCGCAUGGUGAUUAGUUAUCAAAAAUUAAAAAAAAUUAUUUCUGGCAAGGAAGAGGGACACCGGAAUGACCAUUUCUGACUUGUUGGCCGUCGUAGAUAGUCACUGUUUAACGACAGGCGAUGGUUUUUCUGGAGUUUUAAGUGGGUUGAGUGGAUGCAGCCGGCUCAUGAGCAUACAGUCUGAUCGCCGUUACCGCGUGGGCUACCCGACUUACCCUCUGUCGGCUGUGAUUGGAUGCGCCUGCCAUUGGGUUACUACUGGCUGAUGGCGCCCCCUGCGUCUCUCGCGUUUUUCGGCAAUACCUGUGUGUACUCCCCCAAUAUUCAUUUUAAUAAACAGAGAAUUGGGCCACGGCACAGUAUAAGAGAAGAAUGAAGCCGGAACUUAAACGUCCAAGGCAGUACACUGAUCUGCGAAGGUGGAGAGACUUGAAUAACUUAGAGGCCGAACAUGGCACUUUCUUUGUGGAUUCGUCGAAAGGCAUAGCGUUAGGCGGCGAUCUUAGUCAGUGAAAAUAUUAUGCCGUUUUAUAGCUAUUCCAUGGGCGAUCAUUAUCUGACGGGCAUACUGAGGCAUAAUGGACAAAACCUCCGCGUCGUUGAUGGCGCGAUAGGUGUAUUUUGUCCCUUUUUGCUAUCCAGAUCCAGAAGUGAGAAUGAUAGAGCAAUUGUCAGUAAGUCAGAUGGGAAUAUCUUCAUACUGAAGAGGAGGUGGUGAUGAUGAUAUGGGACUUCGACGACGACGGCGACUUGUCUCAUCUGUCUCUAGAAAACUGCCCUGGUAGUUUUUAUACUUAGCUAAUCCAGAAUAAGAUGACAAUCAGUUUUCCUAGCUCAGGUACUGGAGAACCGUCUACUUUUUAGCCACGUUAUUGCACCCACAGUAGAUUUGCGCCAAAUGAGGACGGUCGAUCAAAAGCGUUCAUCUGAUCAAGCGACCUUAACCACGUCCCCGGAGGAAGUUACAUACAUCCUGCUAAGACCAAGCUGUCUAAACUGCAUGUUCACUAAGGGAAUGGGACGCUUAGAUGGUGUUAGUGUAGGCUCUGCCUUCCAGUCGAGGAAUCUAGUCUCUCUGCCAUAGAAUCAGCAUUUGUACCCGCCUCUAGGAAGCAGUUGAACAUCCAGGAAAACAUUCGGAUUCCUGGUUCUUAAUUUAUGCGGUUGACUUCCUUUUUAGGCCAACAGUCCUUGUUGAAUUGCGCUGUCCACAGCCGCACGCAUGUGUCUGCAGACAUGGCGAAGAGAUUUAUAAGUAGACACUGUCGGACCUUACAGACGAGCCCCAAAAGCAGGACGAACUGGCUUAUUCAAAAAUCAAAAGACAGAAUUCGGAAGUUGUGUAAGGAACUUCCAAGAAUCGUUCUAAACAGACAGUCCCCUUAAUGCAGAAAAAUAUGAAAAUCACUUUGAGAAGUUUUUGCGAAUUGUGUGAACAAUUUUCAACCAGACCGGAAUUUUCUAGCUUUUGCUGAAACAAAGAAAUAGGUUGCGUUUGUGUGAACAGAAUCACAAAAAAUGGAGAUUAUGAUUGCUUUGAAAACAACGACGUGGCUAUUGGGGACGCUUACGGCAUUCAUUAUUAUCUUGUGGAGUGCUUUAAACUGAAUGCCUGAUAUGGUAGAGGAGCGCUCACCAAUCGCUUCUACGGAACUUGCUCGUGCCGUUGUACUUCGGGGCUCUCUCUCAAGCCCAACCAGCAGCCGCACAGAGGGGCGGAAUACAGGCAGAAUAACAUUACCGGCAAAAAAUAAGGGAGACCGGAAUGGCCAUUUCUGCUCUAUUGGCCAUCGCCAGCCAGCCAGCCAUACUUGACCCCGAAGUGUGGGACACCUAGGACUCGAUCCUGAGACUUGUUGAUUAGUUCAACGCCCUAACCACUGAGCCACGGGGUCUUUGUCCCGUUGGUUGCGACAGGGUAUAUGCACUGGUAGAAGGGGCGCUCAGCGAUCGUGUUACGGAACGCACUUGUCCGGUUGUGCCUUGGGGCCCUCUCUCGAGCCCAACCAGCAGUCAUACAGAGGCCCCUCUCUACCACCGACAGGACUACAACCACGGAGCUGCUUUCCAAGAUCUCGGCAGUUUGCUUACACUAUCCCUCUUGGAGGCAGCCAAUAGGAGUGCCCUCUACCGCUCUCCGCGAGAACAAAGGCUUUGUUUCUUUUUCAGGCCUCCGAGCGCAUGCAUGCGAGAGUUGUGGCAAAGCCUUCGCCGAAAAGCGAACUCUAGAGAGGCAUCUUGACACUGUCCACGAAGGUACGCCUAUCCUUGCUCGAGUGUUGACGUUUGUUCUUAAACGAAGCAGUCAUUGUGUCAGACACCAUUUUCCAGCAAAUCAUUGUAAGAUGUCUGUAUGACAAAUCUUUGGCCAAUACUGAUAGAUCUUGUUCUUGCCGAAUCGUCGGUACAGCCAAGGAUGCACGAGGCAAAGAGAUUUCCCUCAAACGUCUCGAAAAACACUUCUUAUUGUCCCCAACUUGCGUUGGCCGAAAAUCAAUCAUCUUGUCACUUAACGGCCGUAGUCACUAAACCGUAUCUGUGUAUGAAUUCUGCUGUUGAACGCAGGAGUAUAAGGGCAUUCCCUUUCUACACGUUGCCUUACGCUGGAUGCUAAGCGGGAGGUACAUACUUCCUCGUCCCCACUAAAUCUGACGCUGGCCUUCAACCUCCAAGUCCUAAUCCUAACAUUGACCUCCAUAACUCCAAUUCUAACCCUAACCGCAUUGCAAUUUGGUGCAUGGCCACCUUAGUCCCCUGCCCUAACGACUCCCCUCUCACUUAUUUUUGGUCUCUACCUCUGCUAAUCCUCCGGGAUUAUUGGAGUACUGGUUUUUACUAGCUGUCAUAUCUACGAUGUAUAUCUGUUUUAAACUAUCAGCGGUGACCCCCGAGUGUGUUGAUGUUGGGAGUGCCUACACUCCCAAAAACAACAGCCAACCAAUCACUGGAGGCCACGUGCGUUUUCUCUACCGCGCUGUCAGCAUAAUCGUGGCGCCUCUCCAUUGGCUGCUCCCCUCGAGUCUGAUCGAUCCGUGUAACCAAUUAUCAACCAGCUCUUGUAGAAUGUUCUUCCCGAAGUGCGUUGGGCCGAAUGUAGGCGAACCCCAGUAGGGUGUUAUAAAUACGCGUUACUUUCCUAGUUAGACUUAACCUGUAGUUUCCUGAUACACUUUUUCGUGGCCGGUUAUGUCCUUCUCUACCGGUUAUGUUCUUCUCUGUCGAGUGCGCAUAAACUCCACUUAAAUUCUAAGUACCAGGCCGGGCCAUAACAGUUGAGCUUAUUUUUCUCUAGGAAGAAGCAGUGGUAGAUUUAUUAUUUUCUCAAAAAUUUCCUCAAAAAUUUAUGUGUGAAUCUGGAACCAGUUUUCUGACACAAAACUUCUUAAGUUCGGUUCGAAGGGUGUGUUUUGAAGUACCAUCUUUACCAUGGCUAUGGUAGACCAAUCAGCAUUUAUGUACUACUGACUACCUCUGGAGAGGAAUUGAGUAUGACCCGUCUAUUCUGAAGAAGCUGAAGGAUUCCAGCUCAAGUACUCGGUGACGAUCGGGUAGGUGGCUCCACCCGGCCUUUUCUUGUGCGGAAUACCUACUUAUGUCAUUUGCGCAGGCUUGAUUUAACACGCUUUGCCUUUCGCUCAUUCCGCGUCACGUCUAAUUCGGCUUACGUUUAUGGGUUAACUGUCAACGUUUUUUCAUUUUUACGCUUUAUCGGUGUGCUUAAACAACCUAGUAACGUAAAUGAAACUUUUUUCUCUUACUUCCCGAAAACAAUUAUAUGCCAAUUUCGUUUACCCCACCCAUUGAAACCCUAUUGCUACAAUGCCUCCCCUUUUCUCUGUGGGGCCACAUACCCGAUCGUCAUAGGAUAUUCCCGCCAGUUUUCGGGCCGAAAAUAAGAGGGACUGUGCCGAAGAAUCUCCAAGUUUGCGACAUACUUUCUGGGGAAACAAAAGAGUGUACAUAUUACAUGGACAACGCUUGGGGGCUCCGUGAUUAGCUGGACCCCUGACAGCUUCUUCAUGUGGUUGUACAACAUAGUCGAAGCAGGUGUCUGAGCUUUUAGCUAGUUCCGAUUUUUCAGAUAUGGUAAAUCAAUCAGUAGUAAUAGGACUGGUAGUUGCUGCAACCCUUUUAGAAGGAAAAUAAUUGUCAGCCUUUUUGCACAUAGGGCGAGGCAGCCACGUUAAAGCCUGGGUCAUCUCACCUGAGGCCUGGUUUCAUGAGGUGCGUAUUCCGCUCUGAUCGAAUCUGUGACUUCAAGAAGAAGACUGACCUAAUGACCAGCGGCCAUUUUCGACUACUUAUUACAAGAGUGACUUUUGGGGCAGAAAUAAUCGUUGUUCACCUUCCAUUAUACCCUUCUGUCACCCACUUGCUUUCUUUUCUGUAUUUUAGGACUUUUGAAGAGCUGA